GCCCGCCCGCCUCAGUCCACCAUCAGCUGCCGUCGAAAUUUCCUAAAACCAAUCGAACGCGUGCCUGAAAACCACUUGGUUAUCGCGAAAAAUUCAAAAGUAAACGUGCCCGCGAGUCGCCAUUGUGAAUAUUUUUGUAUCGUGGCAGUGUGAGUGAAUUGUGGAUUUUCGAACGUCCGUUUAAGCGCGAUGCACAUUUGGGCGUGACACACCGGAUUGAGACGAUUCAAUCCCCGCGAUGUCACAAACGCCCCACGGACGCGGCCGCGCGCUGCAUCCGGGACCUCCCUCUCCCGCUCACUACCGUCCGCCCUCCCCGUGGGCCCCGAGCCCCCCACCAUUGAUAUCUGGCCCACGACACUCCACAGCUAUCCUCUCCCCCCCACCCGUUCAACCUUCUCCGAAACCCUUCCGUCCACUCCACUCUCCUCAUUUACGGCAACACUCACCUUCUCCUAGCUCUCAUUUUUCCAUCUCUCCCUACCCGACCUCCCCUUACCCCAUUUCGCCAACGUUGGGCCAAAGUCCCGAAUACUAUUAUUCGUCGCCGUAUGAAACACGGGACUAUGAUUACGCCGGUGUACCGUUGGAGCCGCCACCGCCACCGAGGCCGAUGAUAUAUGAGGAGGAAGAGGAACGAGGUCCAUCGACAGCUGAGAUCAUAGCAAACCAGUCUCAAGAAGGAUAUGUGGAUGAGAAGCUUGCAGAGUAUCAAGCCACGAUUCAGCUAUUGCAAGAUGAACAGGAAAGAGUACAGAAGAAAACGUUUGUUAACUGGAUCAAUUCACACUUAUCGAAGAGAAUACCUCCCUUGCGAAUCGACGACCUUAUCUACGACUUACGAGAUGGAACCAAACUAUUGGCGUUGCUGGAAGUUUUGUCUGGCGAGAAAUUGCCUAUGGAGCGUGGUAGAGUCUUACGUCGGCCCCAUUUCCUCUCAAACGCCAAUACAGCACUUCGCUUCUUGGCGGGAAAACGCAUCAAGCUGGUGAACAUCAACGCAGCGGACCUGGUUGAUGGAAGACCAGCGGUAGUUCUGGGGCUCAUAUGGACUAUCAUUUUGUACUUCCAGAUCGAAGAGAACAGCCGAGCCCUAGAGUACCUCAGUGGAUCGCGUUGUGCGUCUGUCAUGUCGCAGGAGUCCGGAACUGCGACACCGACACACAGAGCAGAAGACCGCUGGAAGCAGGGUGCCAAGAAGACCUUGCUGCAAUGGGUGGCUAAUGCGUUGCCUAAGGACUCAAACAUCCAAGUGACAGACUUCGGGCCGUCAUGGCGUGAUGGUAUAGCUUUCCUGGCGAUCAUUGAUGCGAUCAAAGCUAACCUUAUAAACCUGGCGGAGAUGAAGAGGAAGACAAACAGACAGAGAUUGGAACACGCGUUCGAUGUUGCUGAAACUGAACUGGGAAUCGCCAGGUUACUGGACGCUGAAGAUGUAGAUGUUGACAAGCCUGAUGAGAGGUCCAUAAUGACAUAUGUUGCACAGUUCCUCCACAAAUAUCCUGAACCUAAGACGACGGGACCAGACGCAGUAGCAGCAGUGCAAGAAGAGUACGAAUUAUUACGGGCGUGGCUCGCAGAGCGCGUUACCAUACUUCAAAGACAAUAUGACUCCAGAACUCUCUCCAGAAACUACCAUGAUUAUCUCUUGGCAGAAACCGACAGAUUAGCCCGCGAGCCAUUGUACCACAAGCUGGAGAAGCUCAUGUACACACAGAGCCUAGUAGCCAUAGCCCCCAGCUCCUGGAGAGAACUUGUUGCACUCUGGGUAGAACUAGAAAGACUGCACAGGAAAUGGCUCUGGCUUUUAGAUUCAGAUUUACCCGGAGAUUUCCGUGUUGUUGGGGAGUGGCUAGCCCGAGCUGAAUUCUUACUUUACUUCGAUGAAAUACCGACCGCCUUCGAUGAGAGGACAGCGGCCAUCAUCAGCGAAAAACUAGAAGAACACACAAGAUUCUUCGCAGACUUACCCGCUGUCAUAGAGCGAUUUGAAGCCGCUCUGAGAUCUUCCGACGCGUCCCAAAUUCCCCCCGAAAGACUGCAGAGUAUGCAGGAGCGAUUACAGACAGUGAGUCGUAACGCUCCCCAAAGAAAAGCGCGAUUGAAAUAUCUCGAACACAAAUGCUGUAUCGUUGCUUUUACCGAAUUAACGAAGGCUAAACUAGCCGCUUGGACCGGUAAAUACGGUAGAAUCGAUCAUGUUCGUGCCUUAUUAGAAGAUUAUGACAAUUUUGUAAUCAAGAACAAAAUAUUCCAAGAAUUUGAUAGAGCUUACGUUGAUAUAAAGCAGGUAGCUGAAGAGUAUAAGAGAGUGUGUGAAGUAGAUAGGAGUGAAGCCAGAGAGAUUGAUGUGUUUUUACGAGAUGUGUCUGAAACGUGGAGGAGAGUUGCAUCUGAUGUGAGAUGCGCUAGAAGUGUACUCGAAGAAGUAAUCGCUCACUGGGAAAGGUGGACGAUGCUAUCGGACCAAUUUACAACAUGGCUAGAUAAAGCACAGCACAUGCUACGAGUCUCUGAAGACGAGAGGCUUGAGUUCUUCCAAGAUCUGACAGUAUGGAAGGAGAAGCAUCAAUUGUUGGGAGACGCUGCAGGCUUCCUGGCAGCAACAUGUACGGAGGAACAUAGCUCAGAGAUUAAAAGGAAGUACGUGGAAAUUACAGAAAGAUGGGAACGAGUCUGGGAAGAAGCAGAAAGAUACGUCAGAGGAGGUGACGCUCUUCGUCAUAGACGCGAACUGGCGAAUGGUAUUCAGAACCUAGACUCGUGGUUAACGGGCGCUGAGAAUCUGCUUUCACGGCAUCCACGAGCCAACACAACUGAUAUACAAACAUAUAUUGAUCAACUUUUACAACUUAACUCCGAAAUUGAGCAACACGAAGAACUAUUCAAGUCAAUAAGCAGGACAUUCCAAAACGCAAUCGCUGAGUUACCUCGAGACGAAGUUGAGGCAAACAUGAACAAACUAAAACAGCAAAAGGAAGCCUUAGUUAAAGUCAGGGCGACUGUCCCUGUAAAGUUGCAUCAAUAUCGGCAGCUAUUGGUCCAGCACGAGUCGUUGGAGACAGGACAAAAAGAAAUUGGACAGUGGCUGGAUAAGGCCGAGAACGCCCUUCGAUCCACUACAGAAACUAGGCGUGAGGUGAUAGAAGAAACAUAUGAAAUCCAUCGCACAUUCUUCUCACGGACAACUUACUAUAGGUCAAUGCUCGAAAGCAAAAACAAAGUAUUCCAGAAUAUUGUAAAGGCAGCUGAUAUGGAUAAAAGCGCAGAUGUCAGUGAUCAACUUUCUCUAAUGAGGGAUCUUAAUGAGAGAUUUGCACACGUAUCAUCCGAGGCAACUCGGCGUGAAGCAGAUUUGCAACGUUUGGUUCGCGCCUGGGAAGAUUUCGAAACCAAGAAACGUGUUGUUGAAGACUGGGCGUCUAGAGCUGAAGCGUUGCUAGCUGAUAACAGAGUGGACAAUAAGCAAGCGCUCCAUCUGCAUGAACAGUUCUUCCACGGAGCUGACGAAAGAGCGGUGUCAGAACUUGUCCGAUCAGGACGAGAGCUUGUUGAGUUGGUGAAAGAAGAAGAUAGAGCCGGUGUAGUUCGAACAGUAGAAGAGUUGCAAAGAAGAUGGAAGGAAUUACUUGAGCGCGCGCCUCCACAUCUCAUGCGACUAGAAUUCAAAUUGGACGAGACCGUCUUCCAUCAUUGUAUCAAGGAUAUCGAAAAAGAAAUCGCUUAUGAGGAGCAGGCUUUCAAUCAAAGUGAUGAUGCCGAUGGCAUUCUUAUCAGAAAUGAGGAAUAUUUCCGUAAUCAGGGCAAGGUGAUGCAGGUUGAACAAUGUCUUCAGAACCUAAAUAAAAUUUCCAGUAGUUAUACACAUCAAACAGGAGACACAAGCCUUGAGGAAGAGCUGCGAAGAUGUGAACAACAAUGGGAAUCUACAGUACAUCGAGUAGAAAACUUCAGGCAACAACUUCAACAGAUUCCAGCUAAGUGGGAUGCUUAUAGAGAGAGAUUUGGGGAAAUGGAGAGGUGGAUGGACCAUGUUGAUAGGACUAUGGAUAGCAUUGUUCGAGAAGUUGACUCAGCUGAAGCAUUUGAAAGGGAAAAAACAAUCUUUCAGAACAUUUGUCGUGAAGCCGACCGAAAACGUGAAGACAUGAAAUGGCUUGUACAAACAUUGGAUAUGCUUUCGAAUCACUGUUCUGAUAAUGAAGCUCAAGAAGAACAGGUUAAAUUAGAAAAUCUGAUUUCAAGAUAUAAAAAUCUCAUACCCACUAUUGAAAUUACUAUGAUUAAGACUGAAACCUACACUAGAUGUUACACAUACAGACGAGAAGUACAUGAAGUUAUUUGUAUAUUAGAAAAUGCUCAGAAACAUGCAAUGGUUGAACCUGAACCUCAAUCACUUCAGCAAGUUGAACAAUUAGUGCUUGAGCAGCAAGCAACUGUCCAGAAACUAGAUAGGCAGAGGCCUUCAGUUAUGUCCAUGUUGCAACGUGGAAAAGAACUGAUUAAAGAUGCAAAUGCUCCAGCCUUUGUUAGAGAAGAUGUCAGGAAUCUUGAAUCUGGAUGGAAUGUUGCUUAUGAAUCGAAUACUGACCGCCUACAUAAGCUAUGUGAUACACAAAAAGUUUGGUCUAAUUACGAAUAUCAGAAAGAAGAAUUGCUCUCUGAUAUAGAUAAAAUUGAAAAUUUUGUUGCGCAUCCUGGUUUAGAGCUCGGUGUCUCUAGCAUAAACCGUGAAUUGCAGGAAACGCAUGCUGUUCACGCUGAUAUAGAAAAAGCUAAAGCAGAAAGAUUACCGCAGUUGCAACAAGCCUAUGUAGAAUUGCAAUCUCUUACAGCUAAUAAGCCAAAACCAGUCAUAGAAAAAGAUUUAGAAACAAUUGAACAUAAGCUAGAUAGAGUACAAGAUGAAGUGCAGACAAAGGUAAUACACCUUGAAAAGUUUAACGUAGAGUGGACUAAAAUUGAGCGUAAACUCGACGAUGUCCGUGAUUGGAUUAAAAAAGAGAGUCCGGCUUUAAUAUCACAAAUUCAAUCUGAAACUAUAACGCCCGAAGAAAGAGUAGAAAAAUCUCAAGUGUUACAAAAAGUUAUCGCCGAAAAAAUGGAUAUCAUCCGAAAUGUCGCCGAACAAGGAACUAAACUAGCUGUUGAAAAUAGAGUUCAAGAUUCCAACAGACUCAAAGGUGACAUUGCUUUACUAGAAAAAAUGAUGGCUGAUCUACAACGAUGCACUGAACAACAAACGAAAGUGGUAGAGCACGAUCUUGCUAGCUGGCAAAAAUAUCAAAAAGGAGUCGCAGAAAUUAAACCAUGGAUUGAAGAAGCUGAACUGAAGUUGGGGAGCCUUCCCAAACCAACAACAUUGCCAGAAGCACAGCAAUUGCAGCAGCAGUCUAGAGCAUUAGUGACCGACUGUGACAAACAAUUGAUGAACCUACAGAUAUUGUCCAGUGUUAGCCAUCAACUCUCAGGCAAAACGAGUGCUCCUGAUGAAGUGGAUGCAAUACAUUCUAGAUGGGCUAUUGUCCAUGACCUAGCAGACCAAUGGAAUAGUAAAUUAGAAAAACUAACAGCCCAAUGGGACAUUUUUGAAAAGGAAGCAGAAAAAAUUGAAGUAUGGCUAGAUAAUGGGGAAAAGCUGAUAAAUAGUCGAAAUGUUAAUGUUGAAACACCGCAAGUAGAAAAACUUGAUCGAGAAUUAAACAAAUUGAAGUCUUUUGGAAAUGAAAUUUCACAACAACAAGCUAAAAUAAUAGCGUUAUCUCAAGCAUGCGAUAAUAUUUGUCAUAGUGUACAACCAGAAGGUGCUAAUUUAUUGAAAAAUAAGGUAAAUGACAUUAAACAGCGAACAAACAACCUAGCGGAAACUGUAAGAUCAAGGAUAAACGAGUUGUCUGAUAAAAUAAUUGUUAAACAAGAGUUCCUUACAAAAUUGCAUAACUUCGACAACUGGAUAACUGAUAUCAGAAGAAAAACCGAAAGCUAUGAUCAAAUAAGUUCCGACAGAGUUGAGCCGACUCUUCAGUCAAUGCAUGUUUUACUUCAGGAACAUGCAGGGAAAGCACUGGAAUUCACUGAUAUUUAUAAUGAAGUUAAGAAUAUGACACUCGCAUCUCAUCCAGAAGAAAUGCGUUCCCUAAAUGACACAUAUUCGAACAUUGCAGAUAACUAUCAAAUGAUUGAAAGUUCUAUUCAACAAAACAAAACCAUUCUUCAAAAAUGGUCCGAUUUAUUGAACUGGUAUGAAGACAAUAAGCAACAAUUGAACCACAUACAGUAUCAAAUUGAUGGACCAAAAUUAACACCGGAGAGCUACGAAGUUCUUCGUCAAGAACUUGUUAAUAUACUAACUAAAGUACCAGAGAAAAAGACGAACGUUGCAUUGUUGGACGGUCCUUCAAAGAUAAAAGUAACUGAUCAAAACACAGGAAGACUUAUUUCACCGUCUAGCUUGGUGAAAGAAAUCGAAACAAAGGCUGAAACUUUGCUAAACCAGACUAUUUCAAAAAGAGACCUGGUUCAAAAAGUUGGCGCUCGCUGGGACAAGUUUAACGUACAGCAUAAAGCUUUGUCGGAUAUUCUGCAAAAUAUUCAGAGUUCCCUUAAUGACAUGUCUCAGAAACCGGCUCCUUUAACAGAUGCAACAAUACAGGAGAUGACUGAACAAUUGGAUCAGUUAGAUGCAGAGUUAAAAGAAAAACAAUCUGUGAGAAAGGAACUGAGAGAAGAAGGACUGCAUUUAAUGCGUGAAGAUCAACAAAAUAUGGGUACCAUUCAAAACGCUCUUUCCGCAGCAGACAAUAGCUGGGACCAAGUGGUGAACGCCGUUCGUGAUACUAAAAAUAAGUGUAUAUUACUUUCAUCAACUCUACAAGAAUUAAAGAACUUUAAUGUAGCUUUUGAUAGGGAAAUGUCUAGAGCAGAACAACUAUACAAUGAAUGUAAAAAUGCACCUAAUGAUUACAUUCAGACGGCACAGGCAUUAGAGAAAGCGAAAAAGUCGUAUGAAGUGCUAAAACGCUCUAAAGGCUUGUUAGACCAGAUGGAUGUAAUAAAGCAAUCAGUGCUAAAACAAUCUUCUACCCUAGGUGGUUUUGAUACUUCUCCUUUAGAGGACGCUUUCCUAAAUACUCAAACACACUGGGAAAAAGUAAAUGAUACAAUUAUUAAAAGAAUCCAAGAUUUGGACUCCCAGCUGUUAGUCUGGCGACAAAUUGAUGACGUCAAAAAUCAAGUAGUACAAUGGCUUAGUGAAACCGGUCAGAAUCUCGGUAAUGCUUGUGAUAACCUAGAAAUAAGGUUUGGACAAAAUCACCUUAUGAAAUACAAAGAAGAACUCCCAUUAUAUUUAGGGUUGAAAGGCAGUAUAAUUACUAAAUGUGAACAGAUUACAAAUCUUAAUAAGAGUAUACCUGCGGCACAAGUAUCGUCAAUUGUUGAAUAUUUAGAUAAUGAAUUUGAUGCUCUAAAAUCCUUGGCGGACAAUUUAGAAAGUGCUGUAACAUCCCUCGAAUCAAAGGAAAAUAAAUUUAAAGAUACUAUUAAACGUCUUUCAGAUAAGGUAAGCAAUGUACGUGAUGAUAUUAUAAAAUGUGAUGAUAUGUCCGGUGAUAAUAGUAAAAUAUUGGAUCGUUUGAAAAAAUGCCAGUUAUGUAAAGCUGACCUUCAAAAUUUGAAUGACGAGAUAGAUAACUUAUCGCAAAACGUAUCUGAAAUGAAUGCUAAUUAUCCUGGAUUCUACGAGUCCUUGGUACCAAAAGAACUUAGUAAUCUUCAGAAGAGAUUUGAAAGCGUCAUGGCACACGCAAAUAAAACUGAAACAACGCUUCUUACUUUCUUACAAAAAUCAUUCACGGAUAAACUUAGCAUGUUUAACAGAAAUUUAAAGAUAUUGGAUGAUAAAACAAGAUGGUGCAUGCCGGAUGUUAAUAAUGAUAAAUACAACCUUGAGGUAAAAAGCGCCGCAUUACUCGAAGUCGGGACGGGAAUAGAAGAAUGCCACAAAAAAAUUAAGGAAUUAAAAGAGGCUUGUGAAACUUUAAGAAUUGUAGCCGAACCAGCUAGUGCCCAGGAAGCUGCCGUGCAAACAGAAAAAGCACAGAAAAACUUGGAUGUAUUGUCGUCGAAUUAUGACGAGAUAAAAAAUAGAUUGCAAGAAAAUAUUGAUGCGUGGCAAGAUUAUGAGACAUUAUUAGAACGGGUUUCAGAAUGGCUACGAGAAAAAGAAAACCAAGUUCGUUUGGAAGCAGCUAAUCUGAGCGACUUAAAUGAUAUUGACAAUAAAAUUAUUCAACUUGAAGGUUUGCAAAACGAGAUUAAAAACUACAGUAGUGAAAUAAACAGGCUUUCAGAAAUUGGAGAAAGUGUGCUUUCAAAAAAUCCUGAUUCUAGAGUUACACAAUACAUUAAUCAUUUAGCGAAUAGAUAUCAAACUGUAGACAGGUUUAUAGAUAACCACAUUAAACGUUUAAGCGACUUAAAGAAAAAUAAAGAAAAGUACGAGAAAACAACGAGCGAUUUCAAAAAUUGGUUACAAGAAGCCAAUACUAAAAUAGUUGAUUUAGCUGCUCUGAGCAAACAUUCUAAACCAUCAAUGGCUGACUUAGAACAGGUUAAAAAACUUAAUGAAAACAAAGAAUUAGGCCAAAGGUUGCUCAAUAGUGCUAUUGAAACUGGUGAAUCGUUAUUUAGUGGCAUAACACCAGAAGGGCGGGAAAGAGUCAGAAAUGAGUUGCGAACAUUGCGUGAUUUGUUUGAAGAUUCUGUAGAUUCCCUAAAUAACGUAAUCAAGGAUAUUGAAACUACUCUUAAUAAGAGAUCGUCCUUUGACGAUACUUUUAACCAAGUGCAAAAGUGGAUAACCGACAAAGAAAAUGAAUUGGGAGAAUUUAAGUUGUCUCCUACUUUACCAGACAAAAAAGCUCAAUUACAUGCAAAUAAAAUACUGAAUCAAGAAGUAGAAUUGCACCAAUCUAUGCUAACACAACUUACAGAAAAGAUAAAAUUAAUGCCCGAUGACGAAGCUGAAAAAAGUCUUAGUAACGUUAUAGAUAAAUAUUCAAAUAUGUCAACUGCAAUACAAAAUAGAAUAAAAUCAUAUGAAAGUCACGUCUCUGAUCAUGAAAAAUAUGUUCAAAUGUUUGAAGAAACGCGCGAUACCAUUAACCAUAUUGUAGCUGAAAAUAGUAUGUUGCACUAUGGCGUUGUCACGCAAAAAGAUGAUAUUGACAAUAAGCUAGCUGUAAUAGAAAAAGUUUCGGCCAAAUCACUAGGAUUAAAACAAGGUUUAGAUAAUCUUAAACAUCAAUUGCAUAAAGUUUUAGAAUCUACCAGUCCCAAUGGUCACCCUGUAUUAAUAAGUGAAUUUGAACAAUUAAAAGCAACUUGGGAUCAAUUUGAAAAUCAAUGUCUAGACCAAGAUAAGAGACUUAAAGAAACUUUGGAGCAGUGGAAUAAUAGUCAAAAAACGCUGGAUGAAUUAGAAGAAUGGCUUAAGAUUAAAGAAAAUUUAGUAAGAGAUCAAAGCUUAAAAAGUACUCUGGAAGCGAAAGUAGCACAUUUGGAGCGAUUAAAAGAAAUACAAAAUGAAUUAACUGCCAAAUCGACGAGUUUCAAUGCUUUAUCUGAUACUCAAAAUAUAACAAAUGAGACAGAAAUAACAAACAAAACUUCAAAAUUGGCUACUAGAUUCCAUACGUUGAACAACUUAGUAAACGAACUCAUAUCAAAGUAUGAAGUAGUUGUUUCCGAACAUAGAACGUUUGAAAAUGAAUAUAACGACAUGGAAAAUUGGCUUGGUGGGAUGCUUGGUGAAUUACAAGAUUUAAAUGAAAUUGUCGGAGAUUAUGCUGUUCUGCAAGAGAAGCAAAAUAAAGCUAAAGAACUCUAUGAAACCAGAAACAAGAAAACACCUAUUUUUGAAGAUUUCCUUAGUCUUGGAGAAAAACUGUAUGCACAUACAAGUCCCGACGGCAGAGAAGUAAUUCGUCAGAAAAUACGUAAAGUAAGAUCGUUGUGGGAUAGUUUCGGUGACAGUUUUCAGGAAACUGUUAAUAAGUUGGAUCAAUGUUUACUCCAAUUUUCCGAUUUUUCUUUGGCUCAGGAACAGCUAACAAAAUGGUUAAAGGACGUAGAACGUGCCAUGCAAAAACACACAGAACUUAAGGCAUCGUUAGAAGAAAAAAAGGCACAAUUACAAAAUCAUAAAAUUAUGCACCAAGAAAUUAUGACUCACCAACAGCUUGUAGAAUCUGUUUGUGACAAAGCACAGCAAUUAGUUGAUCAAACUCAUGAUGCAUCUUUGAAUGUGUAUUUACAAUCUAUAAAGCAGUUAUUCCAAAAUAUAGUUACUAAAUCUCAAAACCUUCAAGAGAAUUUAGAAGAAUGUGUCAAGAGACACGAAGAUCUAAGUCGACUGGUCCAACAAUAUAAGGAAUGGAUAAGCGGCCAAUCAGAAAAGUUAUUGGAUAUUGAAAAUGCUACUGGUGAAAAGCCUGAAAUUAUUCGAAAAUUACAGUCUGCUUUAGCAUUAAAAGACAUUGAAAAAGUUGGUUCCAAUAAAUUAGAUGAAAUAAGAGCUGUAUUUACAAUUGUAAGUAAAAGUACAUCUGAGGCUGGAAAUAUUUUGAUAAAGACAGAAAUUGAUAAUUUACAACAACAAUUACGUAAUGCUGUUCAGAGCAUUGACACGUCAGAACAAAAGUUAAAGCAGACGUUAAUUGUUUGGAAUACCUUUGAAACAUCGAUUGAUAAUUUGACUGAGUGGCUAAAAGACAUGGAAUCCAAAUGUCGUGAUCAGGCUCUUUGUUCUACUUUACAAGAAAAAGAAGACCAGCUUCAACGAUAUGUCGACCUACGUAACGCUAUUCACACGAAAGAAAAGGAAAUUGACAGCUUCGUUGAUGAAUCUCACAGCCUUAUACAAUUAAGUGGAGUUGAAAGACUUAAGCCACUUGUAACACAAGUCAAUAGUCGCUAUCAGCAAUUGCAUCUAAUAUCAAAAGAAAUUGUAACACAUUGGUCCGAACUUGUUGGUGAUCAUAAGAAAUUUAACCAAUUGCAAAGUGAGUUUGAUUUAUGGCUGAGACCACUAGAAGAACAGUUAUCGAAAAUGAUCGAAGACAAACUAAGUAUUGAAAAUAAAGGAAAUAAGCUGCAAGUUUUCUUACUAGAAAAAGACAAUGGUGAACAUAAAAUGAGCAUAUUGGCAACUGCUGGCGAUAAAGUACUGCCAGAAACAGCAGCUUCAGGCCGAGAAAAUAUUCGCGCUGAUAUAAGAUCACUCAGGGAGAGGUGGGAUAAAUUCAAUGAUAGUAUUUCAUUACAGCAAAAAGAAUAUGAAUCACAAACAUUGCAGUGGUCUAGUUAUCAGGAUGUUUUGCAACAAACUUUGUCUUGGUUAGAUGAAAAAGAAAAAGUCGUAGAGAAUGAAGAAAAGGCCAAACUUAAUUCUGCUCAAGAAAUUAAAAGUAAAAUAUUAAAAAACAAAACAUUAUUGCAAGAAAUAUCUUCCCAUAAAAGAGUAAUAGAAACGGUUACCGAUAAAGCAAAAACUGUAGCAGCCAGUAUUCAAUCAAAUAAAAAAGAUACUGAUGAAACAACAUCUAUUAUUAAAUCUAUUUGGGACAGGUAUAAUGCACUCACUAGUAGACUAACUUCUAUCAUCGACAAUCAUGAAAGUUCUUACGAAAUAUAUCAACAAUUUACUGAUCAACAAAAAUCUUUACAAGAUUAUCAAAAGAAUUUAUGGGAUAGGUUACAUCUCUUAUCAGACUUUACCGGUAAUAAAGCCGCAUUACAAAAUAAAUUGACGAAAAUUCAAGAACUGUUGGAUGCCAUUCCAGCUGGUAAUAACAAACUUAAAAUACUAUCAGAUUUGAUCGAAAGCCAUUCAGAUAAACUAUCUCCUCGUGGUAAAGAAGCCAUGUUCCGGGAACUUGGCUUACUUAAAGCUGAUUUAGAGAAGUUCACGACCACUGUCCAUGAUGUAAAACGUGGUAUAGAAGCUAAAAUACAGCAAUGGAUAGAGUUUGACAAUGCCAAUGAUCGUCUUCAGCACUGGCUCAGUGAUACCGAAAUGAGCCUUAAAACUUAUACACCUAAAGCAACAUUGGAAGAGAAAAUAGAUCAACUCAAUAAAUAUCAGGAUUUGAGUAGGACGAUUGAUAAUCACGAGUCUGAUUUGAAUGCAGUGAUUAAUUUGGGCGAAGCAUUGGAACAAGCUAUUUCAGCUAACUUGAAAAAGGCAGAAAAUGACGUUGACAAAGUUACAGACGAAUUUAGUGACCUUAUAGAAAAUUGUCAUGACACUAGGAUCACUAUGAAUUUACAGCAAAUGACAUCUCGAUUCCAAUCUGUGCAUUCGACGGCUAAUGAGUUAGUGAAAAAAUGUCAACAAGCAGUAAAUGACCACAAUGCGUAUCAGGAGAAAAAUAGGCAAUGUAUUGAUUGGAUUACAACAGCUCAACAUAAGUUUGAUGAAUGCCAGAAGAAUUUGUCUAAUACUCCAGAGGGAAUAGCCGCUAAGCGAGAAAGCCUUAAUGAUCUAUUAAGUCAACGACGAAACGCUACACUUCUUGUUAACAAUACUUUUGAACUGGGAGAGAAGUUAUAUCCUUCUACUUCACCUGAUGGAAAAGAGAUAAUUGAGCAACAACUUCAAGAUGUACAACAUGCUGUUGAUAAUCUGUAUGAGAAUAUUACAAAGGCUGAACGUAAUCUGGAUUCUGAGCUAAAUAAAUGGUCUUCGUUCGAAGAUAAUCUUAAGACAGUACAAGACUGGCUAGCUCUUGCCGAGAAAAAUUUACCUAAAGAAAUUGAACUUAAGGCAACCUUAGAUGAAAAAAGAAGCCAAUUAAAUGUCUACCGAGAAUUUUUACAAGAUGCUCUGUCUCAUCAACAAGAUAUUGCCGAACUCGAAAUGCGUGCUCAAAGUCUACCUGACGUGACUGAAGACAUCAAGAAAAACAUCAAUCAGUUGAAGUAUAGACAAGAAACUAUACUUAAAAGAGCUAAAUCAUUUGUAGAACAAUAUGAAGCUAUUGUUAAUAAUCACCAACAAUACUCUAAAGCAGUUAUGGAUUUGCAAGAGUGGGUUGAGGCUACCCAUAAUACUGCUCAGCUCUGGGGAGACGUUAACUUAGAAAGAGUGGCUUUAAGCAGUAAUUGCGAGAAGCUAAAGUCGUUGCAAUUAAGUUUACCGGAAGAGAAAAACCGCAUUGAUAAAAUACGAAGUAUUGGCGAAAAAGUAUUACCAGGAACAAUCAGCGGUGGCCAAACCAACAUUAGAAAUCAAAUUGAUGCAUCUCACCAAGAAUGGGAAGGAUUGGUGUCCUUCAUUAAUAAAACAAUAGAAUCAAUAGAAAAUAAGAUUCAACAAUGGAAUGAAUAUGAGAAUAUGAAAGACCAAUGUUUAGCUUGGAUAAGAAACACAGACAAUCAAAUUCAUGGUGUCGACUUAAAGGCAACUCUUCCAGAAAAACAAGAGCAAUACAACAAGUUCCAAGAGUUGCAAGGAGAGGUGCGCGCUAAAGAAUUAGAAAUUGACAAUAUUACUGAAAGAGCACAGCAUUUGUAUACCGGAAUGUUAGGACCUCGAGGUUCUCAAAUAUCUGACUUAACUGUUAAAUACCAAAUGUUAUGCCAAAAAGUAAAGGAUUUAACCAACAGAUGGCAGCAAUAUGUAAAAACACACCAAGAAUUUGCAAGCAAUGUGACAGAGUGUUCACAAUGGAUCGAAGAACUCAGAGAUAAGCUAGAUUUUUGUUCCGAUCUCAGUUCAUGUUCCCAAGACGAUCUAGAAACAAAGUUGGUACUUAUUCAAAACUUACUACUAACCAAAGACGAGGGCUAUACUAAAGUUCAAUCUUUAGUAGAAUUAGCUCAAAAUGUUCUGGCUAAUACCGCACCAACUGGUCACGAUUCUAUCAAUAAUGCAUUAGUAGCUUUACAAGAACAAUGGUCAGCUCUUUUGUCACGCAUGAUUGACACCAAAAAUAUGUUAGAUGACUCCGUUACAAAAUGGGCUGGAUUCUUGGAACAAAUACAGCUUCUAGAAAAAAGUAACACUUGGUUAGAAAAUAGCCUUGCAGAAUUAACUCCGUUUGCAGGUUCCAUGACCGAUAAAAGGGCACAGCUCGAAAAACUAAAAGAAGUUGAAGAAAAAGCUCGUUGUGACCGUUUAGAGGUAGAUAGCCUCAAAGCUAAAGCAUCCGAAAUGUUAGCUAGUGGUCAGCAAAAUCACGCCGCCUCCAAAGCUCAAGAAACCUUGAAUAAGUUUGAUUCCCUUUAUGAUAAAGUGAAAAAAUUACUUGCUGAUAGAGAGGAACAAUACAAAGAUCACAGAUUGUAUAAAGAAGCCCACGAUGAACUUAUUCAGUGGCUUGGAAGAGCGAGAGAAAAGGUUCCAUCAUUAAAAUCCAAACCCCUUAGUGAUAAAUUGGCUAUAGAAAAUUCUGUAGCGCCUCUUGAUGCCCUGAUUAACAAGCAAGCUCAGGGAGAGCUUCUUUUAGAACAUUUGCAACACACUGGGGAAGUUCUUCUUGCAAGUACAUCUCCAGAGGGCCAGGUGGUUAUUAAAAACGAAAUGAAAGCUUUAAAAGAAAGCUUUGAUCAGCUCUUUAAUGAAAUUAAGCAACAAAAGAAUCAGCUCGAGGAUAUUGUGAAUCAAUGGAGAGAUUACAAAGAUGAGUAUGAAAGGUUAUCUGAUUGGUUACAGCAAAAAGAAAUUCUUAUUAAAAACCAUAAAGUAGCACUGUUGGGGACUGCCAAAGAAAAAGGUGGUCAAGUUAAUGAAGUGAAAGAGAUUGUUGAUCAGUUAAGCAAAGGAAAAGUAGACUUUGACAAUUUCAAUGAUUCUUCUGCUGGAUUGCUUUCAUCUCAUUUAGACACUUAUGUCAAUAAUCAACUUAGACAUUUAAACUCCAGAUACCAAGUAUUGCUUAACAUGGGUAAUGAUGUCCUUAAAAAAGUCGAAAACAACUAUGAACAACAUCAAGCUUAUGAUGAUAAUUAUGCUAAGACUAAAAAGUGGAUUGAUGAUGCCUGGGAAGUCACCCGCAUUGGAAGUGAGGCAGGUAGCAACAGUAGUAAAGAAGCAUUACAAAAACGCUUAGAACAAAUCGAAGAUUUGCUCAAACGUCGCGAAGAAGGUCAAAACUUGGUCCACGCGACAAUAAACAGUGGAGAAAAAGUAUUGAGAAACACUAGGUCAGACGGAAAAGAUAAAAUCAACACAGAAAUUAAAGAAUUGCAAAAUGAAUGGGACCGUCUAGUUAAGAAAAUGACUACAGCUAAAGUUCAUCUCGAAACUGCACUUUUGCAAUGGGCUGAUUACAGUUCAAGCUAUUCACAGCUUCAACAAUGGAUAUCUGAUAGAGAGGCGAAAUUGCAAGAGGUUUGCGAACAGAAAGUAGCGAAAUCUAAAAAGGGACAAGAUCGCCUUGCCGGUCUCACGACAGGCCUGAGCUUAGGCGAAAGAAAAGCUACCCUUCGUCAAACAAACAAUAUUGUUCAGGAUAUCGUUUCGUUUGAGCCCAUGAUUCAGUCUGUUACAUCUAAGGCUUCAGAAUUAAUGCAACAAGCUCCUGCGUCUGAAAUUACCAGUAAAUACGAGACAUUAUCGAAACAGGCGAAGGAUUUGUACGAAAAGCAAAAAGAAACUGUAGAGCAACAUCAAGCGUUUAUCGAUUCCGGCACAGACUUUGUCCAGUGGAUUAGAGCUGCAAAAGAGAGGUUAGGGAAGUGCUCCGAUGCGACAGGAGAUAAAGAGUCUCUUAGCAGCAAGAUUUCGCAACUGAAGGUUUUGGAAAGUGAAUUACCAGAAGGACAAGCGAAACUGCAAAAAGCCUUAGAGCAAGGGGAGAUAUCUUGUGGGCUCGCUGAUGAAGAAGACAGAGAAGACAUUGAAGAAGAAGUGGCUCUUUUGCAAGAGGAGUACGAUACAUAUGUCGAACAGCUAAACAGCACCAAGGCCCUAAUUGAAGGUGGCAUCGUUAAGUGGACUGAGUACGAAGAACAUUACAAGGAAGCCCUGGAGUGGUUGUCGAAGACUGAAAAAUUAGUUCAAUCCUUUAAUAAACUUCAAAACAACCUCGAGCAAAAGAAAAUCGUGCUGGAGGAGUUCCAAGGUCAUUUACAAACUUUAUUCGACUGGCAAGCCGAAUUAGAUAAGCUUAACAUGCGAGCGCAGACCUUGUUAGAAACCUGCGCAGACACAAGAAUAUCAAACGGCAUAACUCAGCUAACUACGAAGUAUAACGCGAUACUAUCUUUAGCCAAAGAGGUCAUGAAGCGAUUGGAGCUUCACUACCAGGAACACCAACAACAUAACGCUCUCUACGGAGAAUGCCAAGACUGGCUCGACAGAACUCGAGAAAAACUAAACCAAUGCGCCGAAAUUCCCAACACUCUUCAAGAAGUUAACCACAAACUUAACACCGUAAAACUAUUACGUCAAUCCUUAGAACAAGGACAAAAUAAACUAAGAUAUUUACUAGAACUUAAGGAAAAAGUAAUAAUGAACACCGAACAAACGGGCGCAGCUAAAAUACAAGAAGAUACUGACAAUUUGAAACAAGAGUUUGAUAAACUUAUUGCUGACUUGCAAGAUGUUCGUAAUAAGCUUACAAACAGAGCUUCUCAAUUCGAUGAUAUUACCAAGGUACACAAAGUUUUAGUUGAAUGGUUGGAUGAUAUUGAUCAGAAAAUCCAAUCAGAUGAUUCUUUACUUAACGAUCUCUCAGAGAAAAAGGCUAAACUAGAAAAAUUCAAGACAUUUAACAGGGACAUUGAUUCUCACAAAGAUCUGGUCAAUAAAUUGAAUGAAAAAUUACAAGAAGAUUCUUCGUUAAAGACAAAAGAUUUCGAGGAUACUCUCCAAAGAUAUGACGAUAUAAAGAAAACUGUUGACGACAUGAUUCUUAAACUCGAAGACUACGUCAAUUCACAUAUUCAAUAUAAAGAAUCUUAUGACAACUUCUAUGAUUGGAUUCGAAACUGCAAAAUCGAGAUCCAACAGUCUGCCGAUUCACACGGUGAAAAAGCAGAAGUACAGAAAAAACAGAAGAACGUGAAUAAAAUAAUUGGUUCCUUACCUAAGGGCAAAGCCUUACUGGACAAAGCGGUGGCUUUGAGCGAAGCUGUUCUUGAAACUACUGGAAAUGAAGGCAAAGAUAACAUUAACCAAGAUAUUAAACAACUAAAAAUUGAAUGGGAAAACUUACAACAAAUUUGUAGAGAUACAAAGAAACUUCUAGAGAAAUGUCUGUCUACGUGGUCCGACUUCAUAGAAACAUCUGAGAAAAUGACCAAGUGGGUCAAAGAGUUUGAUUCAAAACUAAACGCUGUACAAAAAGUUGAUAAAAUUACUCCAGAAUAUUUGGAAAAAUGUCGCGAUUUGUUAGCUCAAGCAUUAGCGAACAAACAUGUGUUAGAAGAACUUAAUGAUAGAUGUGAAAAUCUGAUGGAACUUAGUGCAUGCGCAUGGGUGCGUGAUAAAACAGUUAAUUUACAAACUGAGUACACCUCUCUCUUAACCAAAAUACAAAGCUUAGUUUCCAAUGGAGAAAAGAAUCUGUCAGACCACACAGAGUUUAUCAAGGCUAAAGAAGAUUUGCAACAAUGGUUGGAGACAGCCCACGGCACUGUGCACGAUUCAAUUGGAGUAGGAGAUAUUGACACUACUAAAGACAAACUUGAGACUAUAAAACUUGUUAGCAAUAGAAUGACCGAGGGACAUCACUUAUUAGUCGUUUUACAGGAAGCGUUUAAGAAAGCACUAAAUAACACUCCACCCGAAGAACAGGACGCACUUAGAAAUGACGUCAAAGUUCUACAAGAAAGCUGGGAUCAACUUAAAAUAGAUUUGAAUUCUAUAACAGCCCAGCUUAAAGCAGCCAUUGGCAAAUGGGAGGACUUUGAGGAAUCGAAAAAUAAAAUGAACCAAUGGAUCAAAGAUACAGAACAGAACUUAGACAAAGUUCCUCCGACAGGUGGAGAAUUGGGUGAAAUGAAGACACUUCUCGAGAAAUACAAGCACAUUGAAGAUGAAAUAGACAAUAAAACGCCGGAAUUGCAACGUAUCAAAUGUGAGGCCAACGAAUUGAGCAGUUGGGCAAGAAAACCGGCCGUGAAAGAGGCGGUUGUAGAUAUAGAAAAGAAAUGCGCUGCUCUUAGAGCGAAAUGCGCUGCAAAGAAAACGGAACUAGAAUCUGAAAUCAAAGACUACAACCAUUACCACCAAUCCUUACAAGACACAGAAAAAUGGUUACUGCAAAUAUCUUUCCAAUUGAUGGCACACAAUUCUCUUUACAUAUCGAACAGAGAACAGACUGAAGAACAAUUAGCUCAACAUGCGGUGCUACUUGAUGACAUCCAGAAGUAUCAAUCCACUUUGGAUGAUUUGGAAGCCCUGGGUCGUGCUCAAAUUGAGAGAUAUGAAGCUACAGCACCGUCCAUCAGAGACACUGUUGGAAAACAGUUGAAGAAUGUAAACGACAGUCACAAGAGCUUAUUGGCCACUGCUCUUCAAAUCGAAAGACGUCUGAGAGAGGGAUUGGCUAAAUUUAAGGAGUACGAAGAUACACUAGAAAGCAUAUUGAACAAUUUGGAUGAAUGUGAACCAGCCAUUACAGAGUUAGACGUGCCAGUGGAUGGACUAGCUCACGGCCGAGAUUUGCUUGAGAAAGCCAGGGGACUUCACAACCGUCUCCAAACGGAAAAAAGCCGUUUAUCAGCAGCCGUGGCGGCCUGUUCUGCUGCGGCAGCAUCUGUUUCACGCCCAUCUUCUCCGGCUGACAGUGCCCCAUUGCCAAUCCCUCCGCGAGAGUUACACGUCAGAGCCCGACUGGAAGAUCUUAUUGAUCAGAAACAUAUAAGUGAAGUGGGCAGCGCCCGCGUCGAUGCUUUACUAAAGAAUGUCGAAGCACCCGAGUUCAACGAGAAAUUGGACACGUUAGAGAAUAGGGUACAAAGUCAUCUAGAAACUCUCCGAGAUGCAGUUCAAGAAAUGGAAGAGGCGAUGAAACAAGUUCUUGAGAUUCAAGAUUGGAUAAAUGUUCACAAAGCUUUAGCCAAUGAUUGGCUCUCAAAUCCAUCAAAACUCCGCCCCGAAGCAGCUAAACAAGAUAUGGCUGCGAUGAAUGAUGCUCUAGCAUCAUUGACCGAGAAGAAGAAUCGAUUACUAACUGAAAUUCAAACUGAAGGCCUUGAAGAUGAAAUCAAUCUAGAAGAAGAGUUAGCUGAUUUAGAACAGACAAUUUUGAAAUCUAUUGAAAGGGAAAAGAGCAACCAAGCAGUUAUUGACAACUUCCGUCACAAAUGUCAGGAGAUCCACGACUGGUUUGACGCUGUACUCAAGAAAAUGUGCUUGGCCGAUAAGGGCUCCGGUUUGCCAUGCCCACAGAAACUCAAUGCUUUGAAAGAACUUUCACUACAGUUUGAUCGGGAUGGCAAAGAGAAAGUAGAAAACAUAAAGACAAUAGGAACCCAAGUUAUUAAUAUUGUUAGUAAUUUAGAAUCUCAACAAGUGGAAGAACAGAUGAAAUCUGUCGAAAGAAGAUACAACGACAUAGGUAAACGUAUUCAACGUAAACUACAAAUGCUCGAGAUAACUUACAAAGCUAUAGAUGGUACUAAGAGUGAAGUGGCUGCACAAAAUGAAUGGCUUCAAAAAGCUAUUGAUACUGUACAACAUCCUGAACCGCUGGGCUUUGAAAGUAAGGCUGUAAAGGAUCGCCAGAAAAAAAUGGCUACUCUUCUUAAAGAUGCAGACAGUAAAAAGACAGCCAUAGACUCUCUUGAGAAAAAGAUCAGCAAUAUUCAAUCUGAAUUAGAACCGUCAGAGCAAAUGCAGUUAGAAUCGGAACUAGCUGAAUUAGCUUCUAAACAAAAGCAGCUAGCAUCUUUGAUUAAGCAAGAAAUAGAGCGACUAGCUGGGUGUAAUGAAAUCAGAAAGAAAUUAGAGAAUGAUAUGGAGAAAGCAAAGAAUUGGCUCAAAGCUAAGUUAGCUGAAGUUAAGAAACUAGGUGGCUCCAUUCCUUUAGAAGCCGCAAAAAUUGAAAAAGAAAUAACAAUUCACAAGAAGCACCAAACGGAGCUCGCUGAUUUCCAAAACGAUACUUUAAGUGAAGUUAUCCGACAGGGCAACGCCGUAUCUAAAGACUGCUCGAAUGAAAGUAGAGCUAAACUUCAAGCAAUGUUAGAAGAUCUUAACAAAAUGUACACAACCGCCAAGGUUGACAUAGACGAGAAGCUCGCUGCUUUAAAUAAAUUAUUGCAAAAUAGAAAUGAAUUUGAAGCUGACGUUGCGAAGAUUCAAAGCUGGUUGAAUGAAGCUGAAGUUGCGGCUACACCGGAACUGAGAACUACAAGCCUUCAAAUACUAGAGGAGCAAUUAGUAAAGUUUGAAAAACUCAGUAAUGAAGCUGAUGACGUUGAAAAGAAUAUCAAUAAGAUAAAAGAUAAAUCCAAAGAUAUUAUGGAUUCUUUAUCGGACUCCAAUAAGUUACAACUUAAAGAACAGGUGAACAUCCUCUCUGAUAGAUUUGCUAGAAUUAACGCUAUUAUUCACGACAAAAAGAACAUUCUAUUAAAACACAUCAAAGAAUAUAAGGACGCUGCUGCCAAGAUUGCAGCAGCCCUUGAAUUCCUUAACGAGAUUCAAAACAAACUCAAGAUGUUGAACAAACCAAUAGGAAGUAAAGUGGAAGAUGUUCAACCAAUCAUUCAAGCAUAUGAAACAAUUCUGGACGACUUAAAGAAAAACAAAGCUAUGCUAAAUGAGCUGCAAGGAGGAAAUUUGCAUGAUUUACAGGACAUCCUUACUAAACAAGAGGAUUUGAUGAGUACAAUUGAAGACCAAAUAUCGAAACUCAAACAACUCUUAUUAUUGCGUGAGCAGUUCUUUGCACUUGUGAAGGAAAUUGAAGAAUUUAUUACCAAAUACACAGAAUUGACAUCCGAAAUAGAAAAAUCAAAUGACUCUCUAGAAGACAAGAUUAAACGAUAUGACGAUAUCAUUCUUAAAAUCCAAGGCUGUGAGGCGUUGUUAGCGACUGCCACUGAUAAAGGUCAACAAAUCGCCGCUGAAGGCACUGUAAUAGAUAGAAACAAUAUUACUGAAUUAUUGCAGUCCCUGAAGCAACAGUUGUUGACAUUAAGACGCACAGUUGAAUCUAAGAGGCAGGAACACGAAAGAGCUGCGGCAGAACACAAAAAACUUGCAGCAGACCUCUCGGACAUAUUACAAUGGCUACACGACAAUGAAGCAGUCGUUCUUUCAAGGCCACUACUAAAUAGAGACGUGGCCAGUGUCGAUAAGAAACUGGUCGAACACGCUGCCUUAGCAAAGAACGUGCAAUCUUACUUAGAUAAAUUUACAAACAUCACAGAUGCCAUCAAAAAUGACGAUGGUGUACCCGGAAGCCUACUCGAAAUGGUAUCUGAUGGCAACUCAUUGAAAACAUCUCUCCCUGCCGAAUUGGCAAACCGUGAAAAGCAUCUUCAAGACAACAAGAAAUACAGACAGCAAUACAUACAAAUGGUCGAGAAAUUAAACAUUUGGGUAAACGAAGCGAAUAUCCGUCUCGGAAUGGGUAAAAAUGGGACCGACUUUGAGAACAUUGAAGCUGAUUUAGAAGAGCACAAAUCGUUCUUCAAUACAUCGGAGCCUGAAAUGAAGGACUUGGUUGGCAAACGAAUGCAGGACAUAGUAGACAAAAUAUGGUCUUCUCUAACACCGUCUGAACAGGAAGAGCUAUCGAAAGAACACCAGAAGAAUACACAGCUUCUAAAGAAUACGUUGAAUUCGGCGAAGUCACGUCAAGCUCAAUUAGAGCAAGACUUGGAGAUAUGGAAGGACUUCUGCCAGCUCGUAGAGAAGAUAAAGGCAAUUCUGGAUAAGAAUGAGAUUCCUGAUGAAUCUGUGACUAGUGUGGACGCGUUGCGGCUGCACCUCGAGAAGCUGAACCACGCCAAGUCUGACUUAGAGAACCAGCAGCCGCUUCUCGACGUAGUUCGGGAGCGUGCUCGCGAGUUGUCGAGCGGCGCCGACGCAGCCAGCGGUGAACGCGUCGAGCACCGAACGAGGGAACUCGCUGAACGUUGGAAUAUCGCAUGCGAAGGCUUAGCCAAGCGUGCAACAACCGCAGACACGCAACUCCACCGUUGGACCCAACUACUGGACACACAAAGAAGUCUUUCGUCUGCCAUCACAGCUGCUAACGACAGGCUUCGACAGUUGGACGCUAGUCCAAGUACAAGGAGACGCGCUGUGGACACAAGGCAUGCUCUGCAGGAGCUGCAGACCGAAGUAUCAAGCCUUGAAGAGAGUCGCGACGACUUGUUGGAGCACGCGGAUUUCGUCGUAUCCCUACUUACACCACAUUCGCAGCAGUUGGCUGAAGAAACGCGCGCCGGUGUACAAGAUCUUGCAGACGCCUAUGAGAAAUUGCGACAGACUCUUGCGGCGAGACUCGCGGAGAUAGACGAAAUCGUUUCUGAAUUCGAUCGCGUGUCGGAAAACAUUGAAAAGUUUCGGCAACAGAUCGAAGUUUACAUCGCCAAAGUCGGGACCUUCUACGUAUACGGGGAAGACGACGCGGACGGUGUCCGUGAUUUAGCAAAACAAGUUUCUGAUCUAGUUGACAAAACAAAGGGCUUCACGGAAGAUAGUAGGAAGCGAUACGGAGGCUCGGCGCCAGCUGACGUUGCGCAGGAAUUGUCUGCUUUAGAAUUAUCAGCAGAAGCAUUAGCCGCAGCCAUGGAGGAGAAGGAGAGGGAGUGGAAGAGAGCGAAGACGGCCCGCACCGAAUACGCAACAGACGUCGAAAGCGUCCAGGCGUGGGUCCGGGCGGCUGAGCUCACAGCCAAAGAGAGGACUCUACCCCCAGAAGCAUACAAAGAAAGAUUGGUAUCAACCAGAUCUGAAAUUCCUAAUAUUGCAGACCGCAUGGAAAGACUUAGCCGUAAUGCCCGUGCGAUUGUAGAAGGAAGCAGGGACGCUGCUGAACGCCAACUCAUUCAAUCCACAGUCACGGCGUUAUCUGAACAAUUCAGCGCUGUCUGUAGUGAACUGGAAGCUCGCCAGACUGCUGUCGAAGACGCUUGUGAUGCCGUGGCUAGAUUCCUUGCCUUGUUGGAGAAGGUCCUACUAUGGGUAGAAACACAACGUGCUUUCCUUGCGCGGCCACUUCCGUUGGCCGACUUGCAGGAGGCCCAACAGAAACAAACUGAAUACGGGAAUGCUCUUAAAAGUUGUAAGCAGCAAGCUAAAAAUUUGGCAGACAUGGCUAAAGAAAUCGAAGUUAUAGAACGUGUCACAAGUCCGGGAGAUUUACCUUCUAGAUUGGAAGCGGCCGAAAAUGCUACAGUCGAUGUCGAAAAGAAAUUAGCUAAAACAAAUGGAUUAUUACAAGAAUUAGCAGAAGAAUGGGAAAGGUGUGAAAAGAAAUUAAAGGAUGUAGGCCACUGGAUAGAAGCUACUACGAGGACCUUAGAGGCUCCUCAAAGCACGAAGAAGCCACUCAGAGAUAGACUUGCUCUGAGAGAGAAACUCAUUAACGACAUAUCAACACAGAAAACAAAGAUAUCUUAUGCCGUCGAGAAACUCAACGUACACUUUGGCCCGGAAGGCGUAGCCUCGCAGAGCCAGUUCCCCGAAGGAGUUCAGAUUCUAGCGCGAGAUCUUUGCGAGUCUUUAGACUCACUCGGUGCUAGAACUUCGGGCCAAGCUCAGCAGUUGGCGGCCGCGCUCGCCCAAGUGGAAGUCUACUGCGCUGACAUUGUGCGCCUGCGCACUCAGUUGCUAGAGGCCGAACAGCGGCUGAGGCAUGCCGCUCAGCCCAACUACAGCCCUCGAGAUCCAGACACGAAACUCAAGCACCAACAGGAAUUCACCCGGCGUAUCGAAGAGCUGACUCGGAGCAUCUUCGAGUUGGACCCGUUCUACGUGGUGGAAGACGACCCGGCGGCCACUCUAGCGAUGCUCGUGUCCACGGCUGACCGAGCGCGCGCUAAUCGCCGCCCACGCUCUCCCGAACGGCGAGAGGUCCGCAGUCCGCCCACUCCCGCCUGGCUGCUGCCUGGUACCACCUACGCCGAGAUAGUCAAGGGCCAAAACUCGCGCUCCAGCUCUAUUGACUCGAGACAGCAUAGCGCUCAGCGACUCACGCACAGAAUGCAAACUCCUGAAGCGACAGAAGUUGAAAUCAAGGAAUCUGUCAUUAGAGAGAUGACGACUGGUAGCGCGAGUCCUGAAAUAAAGCAAAGUGAUAGUGUAGUGAGAAAGUCCUCGCCAAGUAUGAGUGAAACGUGGGAUUACAGUGAAAUGCCCCAGUGCCGCAAUAGUGAGAGUGAUAUAUUCAGUGAAAAUGUAUCCAAUGAUUCAGUUUCAAAUACACAAAAUUACUUAUACGGCAGAAAUGAAGAUCUGGAUGCAGGUUCCGCCAUCCAACAAAAUGUAACGACAUCAGUUGAAAGUCAUUCGACUCAGAUACUUACUUUACCACAAUUGCAACCUCCUGACGAUAGGGCUAGGUCAGUGAGUCCAGCGACUAAAUAUAGAUCGCAAGAUCUGUCGUAUGCUGAAAUUUUAGCUCUUGGACUCAAGAGGCAACCAAAAACACAGGUUAUAAUGUCUUUACCAAAACCCCAGGUAGCCCAAGUUGAAAUAGUAAAAGAAAUUAUCGUUGAAGUUGAAAGAGCUCCUCAACAACACCUUACUGAUAAAAAAGUAACUUCUAAGGAUUCUACAAAAUACAGAUCUGAACGACCAGAUAGGCCUGAGCGACCUUCACAACGAAGCCGCUCUAGAGAUAUGCCUCGUCAAAGAAGAGGGCCUGAUAAACGACUGACCAAAAAUCAUGAUACACAAAUAUUAAAAAAGAAAAAAAUAACGAAGAAAGUUAUAGAAGUAGAAGAAUUCGAAGAAACACCUGACGUUGUUUCUACAGAAUUAACAAAACCUUUUAUAAAUCCACCAUUGUCAGAAGCACGAGAACAUAAUCUUAUUUUGAAGUCCCCAUUAACAGUUACGGUAGAAACCAAAAAUGCUAGUGAUGUUGAUGAAUCGAAAGCAGAAUACAUUGAACCUUCUCUUAAAAAAAUAAAAAAGAAACCAAAAUCAAAACGUUCUAAAAAUAGUGAUGAUGAGAUAGAAAAAGCUCUAAAAGAAAUCGAAAGAAGUUCAUCCAAGCAAAGAAAAAAGAAACAAAAAAAUAUAAAUGACAAACCAAAAAAAGAAAGCGACUCUGCUAUAACAUGUAAUGCAGAAGCUUUAGACGUUUCCAUGGAAAUUGUAAAGCAAGAGCCCACAAGGCAAGUGAUAAGCAUGGAUUAUGUAACUGAUCAACAAGAAAUUAAACCACAAAAUGUUGAAGAUGUUUCUAUUCAUAUAUCUAUUGAUUCUGCAUGUAAGGAAACAGAUAAUUCUGUUAUUAAAGGCACCCUUACAAACACUGAUGAAAAAUGUAAAAAAAGAAAGAAAAGUAAGAAGAAUAAAGCUUCAUCGGAAUUGACCGCACAAAAAUUAGCUGAUAUUGAACAAUCUAUUGAAAGUGACGUUGAAAGCAAAAGUCAAAUGAUUGAAUUCAAACAAAAUGUACUGCAAGAAAACAUAAUUUGUACACUAAAAGAAAAUAGUACAGUAAAAGAAAAUUUGGUUACACUGGAUUGGAAUGCUCUAAUGGAGGAAGAAGAAAAUGUUACAGAAUCUUCAAUUCCCCUUGAAGGAGAAAACUAUCAAAUGAAAGAUAUAUCGGCUCAAGUUGCUACCGAAGUUAAUAUUAUACCUGACCUUUUCACGGAACCAUUUAGUCAAAAUAUUGUUGAACAGCAUGAAGAGCUACGAAAUGCAAACCAGAUACAAGAACCUGAGUUCUCUGUACAAAGUACCUCCACAUUGCCUAAAUUAAAUAAUGAAACGUGUACAAUUGAUAUUAAUGUGGGUACAGAAAUAAUACAACCACACAUGAUUUAUCAAUCAGAUGAAAAAGAAGGUCAACAACCAUCGUUAGAAAGUAAAGAGGAACUUGAAAUAUAUUCAUCUCGUGACAUAAAAUAUGUAAAAACAAUCGUUGACGAAUCUACUCCUGAAAAUAUUAAGCCAAGUUCAAUUAUUUCAAAUAAAAGUGAGAAAAAUAACAACUACAAAUUCAUAGCGACUGAUCCUUUAAAAGAGCUUAAUGUUGUGGUGGAAACCGAAACUUGUAAACCACACGACGUAGAUACUCAUACAAUUUAUCUAAUAACACAUGAAGAAAAGAAGCUACCACCUAUUAGAACUGUGAAAGUAUUUACAAGUAAGGACGUUCCAACCGUUGAUGUAAUUGAAAAUCCCAAUAAUGAACCAUUGACUUUAAAUAUAACAGACGAGUGUAUUGAAUCUGUGACCAGUAAUGAAGAAAUACAAUUCGGUGACGAGCAAACUACAUCCGAAAUGAAAUCAUUUAAUACAGUAAAUUAUAAUGAAACUGUAAAUGAAAAUGCUGUUACAACUAUACCGAAUGUCGGCACUGAAAAUCCUCAUCAAUUAGUAACUGAAAUCGACAAAACUGAAAUGUAUUCAUUAGAAGAAGUAAUAUUUGGAUCGGUUCAAGAUCGAAAUAAAUCCAAAGAAAAUACAGAAAUUCCCUACAAAGAGCUCAUCGACGAAGUCAAAACAUAUUCCAUAAAUUUAGAUUAUCAGCAAUUAGACUAUAACUUUUAUGAGCUGAUAAAAGGCGAAAAAGAAAUUCAUUUCCAAAAUAAAGAAAACGACUUAUCUUCGAAGACAGAGUUAUUACCUGUACACGAUUUAGCAUUAACUGAUUCCAACUCUCAGGGUUUAAAUGAAAUAUCAGCAAUAUAUGAAAAGCCUAUCGAUAACUAUUUCGAAAUUACAGAUUCUGAAAGGCUAUUGGGCUUUGUUAAAAGUAUUCAUGACAUGGAUAAUGUAAAAGUGGUUUCGCCUUUGUCUGAUGUAUCUAAAAGGGAUGAUAUAGAAAAGAAAGAGACGUUACUUGAGUGUAAAACGACGAUAAAAUCAUCUAGUUUGGAUGAUGAAAAUUUGACAAACAAUUUAGAAAACACAACCUUAUUAAACAAGCUCAUAAUCAAUAUGAAAUCUGAGUUACCACGGCAAAAUUAUUAUGAGCUUCGUGAUGCUGAGAAUAUCUUGGGGGUCAUGAAUUACAAUAAAAUAUUGUAUAUUAUUGAUGUGAAUAACGAUAAGAAGAAAGAUGACAUUAUUCUAGACACAGAUAUCAAAAAUAAACCUAUACAACAAAGUAUUUCUGGUAUUGAGGAGAAUGCGGACACUGUAUGUAAACAAGUAAAAUGUGAAUAUAAACAAGCAGCAUACAAUUAUCAAGAAAUUAAAAAGGCUGAAGAAGUUUUGGCAAUAAAAAAUUCAAGAGAAGCAAGUGUGGAACCUGCCAAUAUAAUAGAAAAUAGUCAAGGAAGUAAUUUGGCUUUACAAACGAAUAACAUUGGUAUUGAUCUAAACAAAGAAGAACACAAAAAUGAUUUUUCACAUUUGAUAGAUGUUCCGUAUUAUUCGUACAUUGACAUGAGGGAUGCAGAAAUUUUACUUGCGAAUAUAACCACUUUUGUCUCCCGGGAGCCACUUAAAGACACAUUGAAAAAUGAAAGUGAUUUGGAUGAUACAUUUAAAACUGAAGAAAGUUCUAUAAAUGAACCAUUAAAUGACAUAGCUGUCCAGAUACCCCUUAACACAACAUUUGUGAAUAAUUCCUUAAUCAUGGAAAUACCACGAUUCAACUAUCAAGAAAUUCAAAACGCUGAAAUGAAAUAUGCCAAUGCAUGUGUCCAAAAUACCAAAUUGUGCCAAAAUACUGAAACUGCUUUGCCUGUUUAUGAAUCUAGUUCUUCUAAUGUGAAUAACACGAAAGGUGAAGUAUACCUCGGGGUAUCUAAGGGUGAUGCACUAGAAGGAAGCACUAAUAAUGAUGUUAUUACGAAAGAUUCAAGUCUUUCAAAGGAGUCAUUAGUUAGUGAAAAUGAAAAGUAUGUGGAGGAGAUUAGGAUUACACACGAGUGUGACUUAAACUCUACUUUAAAUAAAAAAGUAAAAGAAAAUUCACCUGACAUUGCAACAUGUACCAUAGAUAAUAUAAGUCGGGAGGAUGAAAUUCCUUUCGGAAAUACUGUAUGUGAAAAAAUAGAAGAUAUUGAGCAGACGUCUGUCGUAGAGCUCAACGACGCAGUUAAUUUAGUUAACGUUGAGGAUGAUUUUGUUAUUGUUGAUAUGAUUAAUGAUAUCUAUGAAAAUAUCGAUCAGGCGGUAAGAAAUGCAUCUGAAAAAGGAGACAGACAGGAAAACCAGGCGUUACAUUUAGUUGAUUAUUCGGUACCACCUUUAAAGGAUACAAAUAAAAAAGCUCAAACCAAUCCUACAAAUAUAUGUGACAUAACCGAAGAAGAAAAAACAGAAAUAGUCGGAGAAAUUUCCAACUUAGAUAUUUCAGACCAAUCGGUACCCACUGAAAAUAAAACACCAUCAGAUAUCGAGCCUGACUUUGAAAUAAUUAGUUCUCCUGUUUCUGAUAUUCAAGACCUUGAAAUUAUUGACCCUGUACCUAUCUCGGCGGAUGACCACUUAAACGUUCACACAAUCCAAUCGACUGAUGCCCUUCAGUCUCAUUUUACUGAUACGCCAGGUCUCUUUGAUACGGAAAAAGACAGUACGGAAUUAAAUACAGUUAAUAUUGACAAAAACAAUUACGAAAUCGUUACAAAAGAGACAAACGUUGACAAUCGGGUUGAAAAAUCACCCAUACAUAGCUUGCAUGAACUUUUACCAGAGAUAGAUUCUAUUCCGGAAUUUAAACCCACAUACCCUAACACAUUCUUUUCUAACUUAUCCGCUGACGCGCCCGAGUUUACUCCAUCUUAUAUGUUCCAAAGUACCCCUACUGACACUGUCCAUAAUGCUGAUACUGAAGUGAAACGCAAGGAAUUGGAUUCAAAAUCGUUCUCUGCUGCUGCUUCUUGCACAAUGGAAAGCAAAAACAUGGAAGACACAGUCGUACAUAAAAUACUAGAUGAUAUAAAGAGGGUUUCACCACCUAUAAAUGCAGGAAACAAUCCUGAUAGUGAUUUGUUUAAAAAUCUCAAAAUUAAAAACACGUCUAUUUCACCUCAAGCUAAUACAGAUACGGCAAAUGUAUGGGUUAAAAUGUUAGAUGAUGGUAAAUCUUAUGCAGAAAUUGUAGCGGAAGGGCUUACAAUAAAUGAACAAAAGAUAGAAUGUCAAGAACCUACAAACUUUGAAGAGUCCCCUUCCACAAAUUUUGUAAAAGAAAAUACGUUACAAGAUUUAGCAAUCGAUAAUACAAAAUUAGAGGUUGGUAGCUCAUGGGCUGAGAUAGCAGCCACAAAAUCACCGUUAAAUGUUACUAAGAAUACAUUAAUUGAACAAACAAUCCCUGUUCCAGCUACUAUCCAUAAUAAAACGCCAGUUAUUUUAGUUGAUGAAUCUGAUGUAGAUCAUCAUAAAAUACCAAUUGAAAUAGAUGCUGAUGGGUUUAUCACUGUUGAAAGAAGUAGACAUUCUCGAUCAAGAUCAAGAGAAAUUCAAUCAAUCUCUGCUCUGAAUAGAGGUACAAUUAUUUCGCACCGGGAUAAAUCAGAAAAUAGAUUUGAUGCUCUUUUAGACACGCUGAAGUCUGAAGAAGUGGAACGAUUCCAAAAAACUAAUUCUGAAGACGAACAAGAAAAUAAACCAAAGCCAAGAAAAAGUAGGACCCCCAAAUUAAAAGAAAAGUCAGAAAUAUUAAAAUAUGAAGAAAAGCUACAGUCUUCAAAGUUAAAAGAAGUCCUGCCUCAACAAGUGGAACAUAUUAAAAAUGAAUCAGAUGAUACAGAAAAUAAGAAAAAGUCUAAGAAAAAGAAGAAAAACAAAAAAUCUAACAACAAAAUAUCCGAUUCAUCCCAAGAUACAAAGGCUACAGAAGAAAUUUUCCAUGAAGGAUUAAGCAAAGAGAAACAAAUGAACAAAAGUGAUCUAUUAGAUACAAAUAUAUCUACACCGGAAUCUAUACAUACCCCUGUAAAAGAUCGUGUAUAUUCCGAUGCUCAAUAUUGGAAAGUCGACGCAACUGACUUAACUGAGUUAAGUAGUUUAUCUGAAACUAUCACAAUAGAGUUAAGCACAGAACAAGAAUUACAAUUUGAAGCUAGACCAUCAAUCCAAUCCGAAUCGUGCUUUACUGAAUCAAAUGAAGAAGUAAACACACCCGAUCCACUUAACUCUUUGAAUUCAGACAAUAACACAAUCCACACUAACCUUUCGGAAGAGCAAUCUCUUGAAAGCAAAAUGGCAGAUCUGCAAAGGGAAAUUGAAGAGAUGCUUUUGCCCGAAAAUGAUAAUUCAGUGAUCAGUGAUGUUACGCCAAAAGAAUUAGCAGACACAAAUGAAUCUCUUGAUGAACAAGAUGAAAUUACUGAAAAUAUGUCUCCUUCGUUGGCAUCACCAGAACCUGAAGAUUAUCAACAAACUCCGGCAGAUGAAGUCAUAAUGCGAGAGUUUAAAACUGCUUUUAAUGAAGCGCUUCCAACUACUACCGCAAUGGAAACAAAUAAUCAGUAUGAAGACAUAUUUAAAAAGCAAGAAGUGGCACUUAAAAUAGAAGAACCAGCAGAACAUGAAUCCCAUGUUAAUUUAGAACACGAUAACAACAGUACAAAAUCCUUAUCUAUUAAUAGUGACUCUAUUACUAACAAUAAACUACAAAAUAAUUAUAACUUGAAAACGGAUAAUUUCUGGGUAGAAAAAUCAUUCAUUGAUGAUGCGGAAAAACUCAUGCUAGCUUCACUUGUCAAUAAGCCGGAAUCUAUUCUAGUUAAAAUAGAUAUCAAACCGGAAAUUGUUAAGGUAGAAGAAAAUCUUAUCAACGACACUUCAUUUUGGCCUGAAAAGUAUUUAUACCAUGAUGCUGAGUGUCAUUAUUUCCAACAAAGGGAAGUAAAAACUAAAGUCAACGAUACUAAUAUCCAUAUUGAGGUAAACGACGAGAAUGAUAAAGAUCGCGAUCCCGGUAGCGGUUCCAGUCGUUCUUCUGAUUCGGACGAGAAGGAUCCGCAUGGAUCGUGCGGGUCUCCUUCUGAUUCCAACUACAUAUCCAUGGACUUACCCGGUGGAAUUUGUAGUUGGAAAGAUCAAACGUCAUAUCUUAGCAUUGAAACGCCCUCAGAUUCCUUAUUGGAGUCAGUGAGUGAAAUAUCACGCGUAGGUUUCGAUAUGUCAGAGGAUUCACUAACAACCCCUACCCUAGAACCAGUCGCCCUACCUGACCCCCUACAGGAGCCGUCGGCCGCAGUGGGACCCCGGACUACCAAGGAUGAGUUGACUUACGAUAUUGAAACAUUGCUCGAAGAGGUGAAGAUAGUUCAGGCUAAUUUAACGGAUCUACCAAAUGAAAGUCUCGAGGCGAUGGAGCAUGGACUCGCGGAGGGCAUAUCAAUUCUAGUCAAGUGUGGAGAAGCAGCCGAUAUGUUAGAGCAAAACGUUAUGGAAUACCGUCAAGAGCCCGAAGCACAGAACCUGAUGAAGGAUCUCGUUGCCAUGAAAUCUAGGAUUGCUAAGUUGUUGAUUCAAGCUCGCCAAGGAUUGGCCACCAUUCAGGUAAGAAAGGAAGCGAAAAAAGAAAUAGAAAGACAAACACAGGACAUUGAAGAAUACAAAGCAAAAAUUAGCAAAUUAGAUCAUUGGCUCGAAACUAUUAAUACUGAGCUUAAAGAAUCUACACAACAAGGAGAUGUCCUAACUGAAGAUAAUAUUUUAAGAUACAUUGAAAUAUAUGAACGUUAUAUAAGAGAAUAUGAAGAAUAUGAAAUUAUAUUGAAGUCUAUUUCGAUUUCAAUAUCUGAGGAUUCUAGUCAAAUUAGGGCAAAGGUUACUUUAACUAAAAAAACAUUAGAAGAAACCAAACAUCUAGUCAUUGAUGAGAUAGAAAGGCUUAGAGAAAUAUUGUUACAAAUAAGAAGUGCGCCAGAGGUGAUUGAAGAGGAUAUAUCGCAAACGGAUAGAACAAUCGAUUCAACGUCGAUGCCUGAAGAAAUUGUUUCGCCUCAUGAUACUAAAGUAAUCAAAACGGAAAGGCAACCUUAUGUUGAGGAACCUUUUAUGCAUGAAAGUAAUAUCACACAAGUUUCAACAGAAAUAAAGGAACCAUUCGAAACUAAAGUAAAAAUAACAACUGAAACGAUACAAACUCAAACUGGAAAGAGUUUAAUGUCUGACGAACCUUCUGUCACUGACAAGUCUGUAUUAUGUCAACCUGAUCCAAUAUCUACACACGAUGUGUCCAUAACCUGUGCACCACCGAAAGAAAUUGAAGUGCAAACAAGUGAACCCUCCUCAGAAGAAAAAGAAAUGUUAGAAAAUAUAGAAAUUAAGAAGACCAUUUCAGAUGGACAUGAAACAAUUGAAAUUCAAAGUAAGCCAAUUAUACGUGACUUUAAGAGCGAUGAAAGAUCUCUUGUGAUAGGUGCUGACUACAAUGAUUCCGAUGUCGAUAAAAAUACUACAUUCAAUAUAACACACAGCUUACCACAAUCAUUUGAAACUAUCAUGGUGGAACCCGACGAAACUACGACAGAAGUAGUUGUAGACGCAGACGGUACUAAAAGAAUAAUUGUAAGGAAGGUACGAAAAACACUUGUUACUAGACAGCAAGUAGUACACUCUCAACAGCAGAAACAACAGUUAUUCUUAGAUGAGAAUAUACCACGUGAUCAAACUUUUAGCCAAAUUACUAUAGCAGGCGAUUCAGGUUCCACUUCUAGUAUGUUAGAAGGUGGAGUUACUCAAAAUAUACAAUAUAAAACAUAUAGUGGUGAAAUUCUUUCUAGUAUUCCUAGUGGAGAAGUAACUGUUCAAGAAUUUACUUCAAAACCUGAUUUAGUCAUUGCUUUAGAGAAAGGUAUGGGGCCGGAAGAAAUCCUUCAAAUUGCGGAAGGUGAUAUAAAGCCACAUAUAGAAACGUCGUCCUCAAGUGUAACUGCUAUUGUUCAACAAGUUACCAAGAGGAUAGUUAAAACAAGAAGACGUAUAAUUAGAAAGGUUGUUAUAAUUGAUGGCAAAGAACAUAUUUCUGAAGAAGUAAUAGAAGAACCUGAAAACGUAGAAAUUUCAGAAGAACAGAUUCCAAAAGUAUCAAUAAAUGUUAGAGAUUUUGGUUCAGAUAGGCAAUUUACGGAAACAGACAAUAACGAGGAUCACGAUAGUAAAAAACCUGUUCAAAAGGAUGAUGAUAACAAAGAUUUCCCAAAAACGCCCGAAACAACAGACAAGUCUGAAGAUACGAAUCAAGAUACUCAAAAAGAAGAUACAGAGUUAAAGAGCGUUUUAGAAGAGUUCAUAAAAAAUGAAGGCAAAGUCGACCAUAAAGAUUUACCUGGUUUUGUUUUCGUUGAUUCUAUAUCAGGUAACUCUGAAAUUGAGUCUACAAUUAAAAAGGAAUCGCAGGAGCUUGACCCUCAAGAAUAUAUAGGAGAUUCCACAAUAGAAUCAUCUACGACGAACGUUUCUUCCGUUAUUCAAAGGGUUACUAGAAAAAUAACAAGAACAAAAAAACGUAUUAUAAAGCACAUAAAAAUAAUCGAUGGUCAGGAGCAUGUAACCGAAGAAGUUAUAGAAGAACCAGAAGAUAUUGAAAUAAUUGAAGAUGAACCAAAAAUAAGCCAUACGUUGCAAGAGCAAAACACUCGAACAAAACGCAUAAGAAUAAUAAAACAAGUACAAAUAAUUGAUGGCAAAGAACAUACCACUGAACAAGUUAUAGAAGAUUCAGGUGAUGAAUAUGAACCAUCCUUAACAAUUAAAACUGAGAUUGACGAUCGUAUUCACCCAUCAGAAACAGACCAUUACGUUGUAACUCUAGCUCCUGAAGAAAUCUGUAAUCAAAAUAUAGCUGCAAGCAAUAACCUAAUAUCUGAAAUUUAUAAAACUACGGAAGAAGUAGUUGAGUCUGAUGAAAAAAAAGCAAUUGAAACACUACUACAAGAAUCGAAUGUUUUAGAAGAACUGCCUGUAAAUUCACUUAAAUGUGAUAUCAGAAACAAAACUGAUCACAUAAUCCAAGAAGGUCAAAACCAACAGAUACCACUGGAAUCAGAAAGGUUAAUAACUGCAAAAGCUACUGUAGAAUUGACUAAAUCCUUAAUUGACAGCGAGAUUAGUGAUUCAAAUAAGAGUAAUACACAGGAAGAGGCUUUGAUAGUUUUAAGUGGAAAGGAUAAUAUAUAUCAAAAUCCUAGUGAAAUUACUGCAGAAAAUAUAAUUAGAAAAGAAUGCCUAGGUGACAAGAAAGACAAAAUCCACGUUAAUACACAAGACGAAUCUUUAGACAAGCCCAGCUUGGAUACAGAUAAAUACCAAGCGACUAAGAAACCAGUAAUGUCUGAAGAAACAAUUAUUCGAAGCUUGGAGAUAAGAGACGUGCAAUUACCUGCAGAAAGAGAUUCAAAUAAAGAGUACGUUAAACAGAAUCCCAAUGUCGACAUAACCAACCUAGUAGACAACGCCAGUAUUGCGAAUGAAAAAUCAGUUAACCUUACAGAUGCACAAUCUGAUAAUACACAAUCACUAAUUGAUAUUCCCCAUACAAUAGUUGUAAAGCGUAUCCAAAUAAUUGAUGGUAAGGAACAUGUUAUUGAGGAAGUUGUCAAAGAACCAGAAACGGAAGAACUAGAAACAAUGAAAGAUAAUCAAUUGUUUACUCAAGUUUUACAGCAACAAGGGUUAGAUACUAAUCGAAUAAAGAUAAUACGUCAAAUUAGACUUAUUGAUGGUAAAGAACACAUGACUGAACAGGUGUUCGUUGAACCUGGCGGUACAUAUGUUCCAGACUCCACAAUUACUGCUGAAAUUGGUAUUUCAUUAACGAAACCAAACUCAGAAACAGUUAGUUAUAAAACCCCAUUUACAGGCGAUUUUAUAGAAAAAGCAAAAGAUACACCAAGUUCGGUUAAUGUUAUUGAUGAAUCAAAUAAAUUCAUAACUUCUGAAAAAUACCAUACCGACACAGAAAUAACCACAAAGAUUGAUAACCUUAAAAUAGAAGAUUAUGUUUCAAGCAAUGCACCCGAAAAUGCGAUUGAAAGAAAAGAUGACCCAUUACAGGAUAUUGAUUCAAGUUUUAAAAAUAACGAGAUAGAGUUACCCCGACCCGAUGAAAUAGAAAAAGACCGUGCUGUUGAAAAAGUAAGCUUUUCAAAAGAAAAUAUAACACCGAGUCAACAUCAAACUGAAAGAAAGGAAGAUGUUGUUGUAGAAACCGCUGUUGAAAAUAUCGGUAUCAAAAAUGUUUCAAAUCGACAAAUGUCUGAAGACGCUGACGCUGCACGGCCUUCAAAUCAGAGUACAACCGAUGACAGUGUAGAAAAGUUUGAUCUGGAUUCUGCCAAUCGAGCAAUGGACACUGUGAUGACAUCUUAUCUUAGUAUUGGGGAAGAAAAUAAAGAAAAAGAUAUAACACAUGGAACACCUAAUAUUGAUGCUAUAAUAUCGGUUAAGAAUAUGGAAGUUUUUCCAGAAGUAUUUAACGUGAGCAAUAAAGAUAAAUCAGAAUCACAUACUAACAUCGAAGAAAAAGAUCCAACUAUGCUUGCACAUUUUAGCGAUUCCAGAUCAACCUGUGAUCAUCUUGUGAGUACAUCUCCAAGUGUUAUACAAAAUGUUAAUACGUUUAUAGACGCAGAACGUCAGACUUCUAGCCAAUGUUUGAACGUGGGAGGAGGUAACGACUUUAUUGAAAAACUUACACAAACAGAAGACUUAAACGCUGUUCAAAAUAAGUCUUAUGGAAAAGUAGAUAUCACAAUGAAAAUAAUCAAGUCAGACGAGCAAUCAGAUUUAAAACCACAGCUUGGUUUAGACAUAUCUGUUGAGAAAUUUGAUUCUACUCCGCAACUAGUAAAAAAAGAUAUUGAGAUUAAUCUUCCAGUUGAUGUUAAAAUGACCGAGGACGUAAAAGACAAAUCCAACGACUCAGAACUCAUUUCUGAAACAAUACACGUUGGGUUUCUUAAACCAGAUAAAAAGAGAAAACGAAAGCACAAACAUAAGAAGAAUAGUGAAAGCGAUUCCGUAAGUACUGAAUCGCCAAUCAAAACACCUGAGAAAAGCUUAGACGAAACUGAUAGUUCGUCUUUAAGUCAUUAUGUGGAAUUGCCAGCUUCGACGCCCAUAGAAUCGCCAAAACCAACAAGACCCGUACUUGAACAGCCAACUCUUUCUGACUCUUUUAUCGACAGUGAAAAUGUAAAAUCUAUUGAUGAACAAGAUUAUGAGCCCGACGGUGAAUCGGUAGAACCAGCUUCCGAAAGGAAAAAGAAACUUAGGAAACGUAAGUCUCACAAAAGUAGUGAGGAAACUUUGUAUCCUAUAGAAACACCACCAGAUGAGGCGUCAAUAUUGUCAUCACAUGAAGAUAAAGUGAAAGAUAUUGUUGAGAAGACCGAAAUAAAAUCCCCAGAAUCUUCAGUAGAAUCUGAGAAGAUACCGCAUUCCAUUUCCGCUCAAGAAAUAACCACUAUCUCGCCUAAAGAAGAGUCAUAUCACACAAUGAGUGAAACAUCUGACAUAAGUACUGUAAAAAUAAUUGAAGAAUGCAUUGCAAAGAGUCCAGAUUCAAUCAAAGACGAGAUAACAACUACUAUUACCUACCCCGUACCAGUCAUAGAGGAACUUCCUACUCAAGAUUACUCCAUCCAAACAUCACCAGAAUUAAGCGAACAAAAAUCUGAACCAGAAAUGAAUUGCCAACCGGAAACUGUUGACUCUAUUCUACAAACUUCGCCCACCCAUCUUACAGAUGUGGUUGUUCAGACUAUGCCCAAAGAUGACAAAGAAGUUCAUACUCAAACUAACGAUAAUGUUGAAUGUAUGGAAAAAGUAGAGGCACUUGAUAGGUCAGUUCAAACUAGUAGAACAGAAAGCCCCGAACAAAGUGUUUUAUUAGAAGCUACGACACAGGUAUUCGCCAGCGACAUAUCACUACCCGAUGACAAAUCGUCACAAACAACACCCUCAAUAGAGAAAGGACACGUACCUGAAAUGGUAUCAGAAUCGAAAGAAAUACAAACGUCACCCAUCCCUAAAAUAGAGUACGAUGAGAAGGCCUCAGAAAUUUCAAUUGAGACGAUGGACUCAACAAUACAAACUGUUUUACAAGAAAAUGUCGACCAAGAAACAAACACAACACCUGAAGAAGCGUUACAUCUUUUAGAUAUGAGUAUUCAAACUACAUCUAUUCCUACGACGAGUGUAUUUACACAAUCUGAUCAAGAUGUUUCAAAGGACAUGGAAGUUUCCACUGUAUGUUUAGAAGAAAAAUCUACAUCAUAUGAUAAAGUCGACAUUACAGAGACGUCUCAACAAACAUCACCAAGGAUCAUUAAUGAAGAGAAGAAUUUAGAAACUACGAAGUUUGCAAUAACUACUGUAGACACGAUGCAACAAACCUCACCACGCGAAGAACAAUUAAAUGGUGAUGUGAGAAAAGUAUGUAUAGAAAAAAAUGUAACUGUAGAAUCAGCACAACAAACAACUCCAAGACAAGACGCUGAAAAGUGUCCUGAAAAAGAAAUCGAUAAAUCUAUAAUAACCGUAGAUAGUAUACAACAAACAUCACCUAGAAGCUACAUAGAUGAUUCUAUUUCAACAUCCACUGAUGAGCCAUACGAAGUGCAUUUAAGAGCACAAAUAUCAAUACCUCAAGUAACUAAUGAUUUCUUAGAUAGUGAACGUCAACCGGUAGAUUAUCCACAUACGAUUUUGGGCGAUAAACAUAAACAGAAGAAAAGAAAAGUAAAAAGAAAAACAGAAUCGCCUCUAAAGUCUCCUGAAAGUUUAUCAGACCCGAUUAAUGCAGAGUUAUCUUUGUCGGUGACACCUACGAGCGAUGAAUUUUCUAGCAAAGACAGUUCCAUAGAUGAGGGUAUUUACCAAUAUCCUACUACUGAUUUAUCUACAAACAAAGAAACGGUAGUGACACACAGUAGGCCUACUUAUUCCGAUAUUGUGCAAAGAUCUAAAUCAAAAUCGCCGUCUCCUAGCAAAACUUUAGUAACACCUAAAUCGGAAAAGGCUAUAUUACUAAAUUGUCUUGAAAAACGUACUCAGACUACCUAUGACCCACAAAGACUGUCGGAUAAUUGUAUGACAGUGGCUUUAAUGGAACCCUCUGUAGAAAAAUCAUACGAUUUUGUUGUUAGCUCCAAGUUAGAGGAAGUUAAAACUGCAAUUGAAGACAAAGAUCCUAACAAAGUAGAGAAAACUGUCAUAGUUGUAAUUGAAACAAUAUCUAUUUGGCUGGAAGAAAUUCAAUACAAAAUACAUGCUGCUAUUUCAUCGGGUAAAAAGGUACCUGAAGAAACUGAACGGAUUAAGGCUUUGGAACAACAUGUCCAACAUCUUAAGGAGAUUGUUUAUGUCACUGAAGUCCACGAAGAAAUUGUUACCUUAAUUGAAACUUUGACCCGUCAAAUGAACGCUGUUAGUCAUCUAAGUAACGAAAGCGUUUCAAAAGUAAAGGCUAGUGACGAGGAAUGGCGUAAAUUCUUUGAUGAAAUUGAUAACUUAGCCCAUUUGGUCGAUAGAAUGAAAACCACAUUAGAAGAUCUGAUAACUUUGGAAGUGCCAUCGUCACAAAAACUCGAAGAACUCGAUAAAAUUGAAAAUGAUAAUAGUGACAACUCUGUAAAUGUGAAAAGAUUGUUUAAGAUUUAUCGAAGUAUAGUUGAAAAUAAUUCAAAAAGGGAGUGUCCGUCUAAACUAUACUUAUGUGACGAAGACACAAAACAAAUUGAAAAUGCUAUACACGUAGAACGCGAUCGUCUUUUGCAAUUAACAUCAUUAGCUGAAGAAUACGAACAAACUCUUCAAGAUUUUGGACAAAUAACCGACGUUGCCGAGGCGUUACUUGACGGUAAAAUUAUCGUUUCAAACUUGGACCACCUUCACGAGGAAAUACAGAAACAUAGGAAAUUCUUUGUUAAUCUAAGCCACUGUCGGGCAAUACUAGAAUCUUUAGAGGAUAACUUAGAUAACGAGACCAGAGCUAAGUUUGCAUCCUUGCACCAUUCUCUUCACGAUAGAGCAACUGCUAUUAUAGACCGAGCCGCAGGCCGAGCUCAGCAAAUGACUUUGGCGGCUUCGAGAUGGAGCAUGUUAGACCAAGGCAUGAAGGAAGAACUGCAAUGGCUUCGGGUAGCCGAACAACGUAUUCCAGACCUUACUAACGUUACAUCUAUGGACCACGAGCAAUACAUUAAUCUUUACCAAUCCCUGAGCCUUGAUGUUUCCCAUCAUUAUGCGAAAAUUUUACGGUUAUUGUCUGUGACGGAGGGUCUACAAAAUCUCAUAGUUUGUCCGGGACUAGAGUCCACGUGUUCUAUGGCUCUUGAAACAUUAUUGAAACAUCAAGAAAACAUCGACGUAUCCUUAGUAAGACUCACAGAUUUCAAAGAGAAUUGGUUUACAUAUGACCACUUAAUAAACAGAAUAGAAAGCUGGAUUAAACUAGCUAAUAGGGAAAUGGAACAUAUAACACCAGAAAACAUAACGACUACCGGUAACCUAAGAAGAUUCUGGGAGCUAAAAGCUCAGCACGAAGUGCACAAUAAUUUGAAGACUGAAUGCGGAAUCCAGUUCGAAAAGGCAUUAGAAAUUCUACCAAUAUCAGAUGAGAUGGUUCAGCGUCAAUUUUUCUUGAAGAUAGAAGAUAAAUGGCGAGAUUUAUCAACUAGAAUUGGCAAUCUCCACGCCUCGGCCGUUCAAAAUAUAUCCGACCGCGGUGUAUCUUCGGGUGAGAAAUUGAAUUUACUGGAAGACGAACUGAGAGAAUUACGAGGUUCGCUGGAAGGUCUCAAAGGUGUAAUUAAAAGCGAAGACGAACUAAACCUAUACAUCGAGAGGCUGCAGGUGAUGACUAGCCGCAUCGAUCGGAUACAAAAUGAACUUGGAAGAUUAAGUUUACUUCCGACCGCUGAAUCAGAUCGCCUAGGCGCCCUCUUAACACAGUCUGGCAUUUUAGACGACCAAAUAGCCGAAGAACUCGAAAGAAGCAUGUUGCUGAAAGAGAAGAUUGUUCAAGUGCAGGCUGGCAUUACACGCGUGCAAAAGGGUCAACGUCGCGCGCGUCUGACUCUGGAAGAAUGUGAAACGGCUGAACGCUUGGGUAGUGAUGUCGUUGAGAGAGCCUCACAAAAUUGUGAGCGUCUCUUGGAAGACUUGGCGGCCCAAUGGAAGGAAAUUCUGGCGUUGAGACAAGCUCUGCAUACAUUACCUAUCAGUCUUCGUAUUUGCGUGUCGCCCACCAGCAUCGAGAGAGACAUUUCUGCUUUACAGGAGACCCAUGCAGAGUUAGAAGCAGCGUGCAACGAUCUCUGCGUCCGUCUAAGAAGCAAGCUCCAACUUUGGAGGCGAUUCGAAAGACAACUGGAAUCGGUCCAAGGUGCUGUAAGAGAAGCUGACUAUAUGGUUGAGCUGCUGACUGUACAAGGGCAAGUGGAUUAUGAUCGUCUGCUUAAAGCCACCGAGAGAUUGGAGACGCUAAGCGACUCCCUCUCGCGCCGUAGUGGUGAAUUGGUGAGUGAAUUGCGGGAAACAGCUGCCCCGUUGGAGGCCAGCACAGAGCCAAGUGUAGCGGCCAAGUUGCGCCGACAAUUGGACGAUGCGGCCACCGCCUAUGAGCACACCUGCGCUAAUCUAACACACUUGUGUGACAAAUAUCACAAGGCAGUAGACCUCUGGAGCAGAUACAAAGAAGCAGCCGCUGCUGUUAGAGCUUUCGCCGAGUCCCAGGAAGGCCGGCUCCACGCCCUCAGACCAGAUGAUGCACCGGCUACCGCUAAUGCAUGUCUAGAACAAGAAGCCCGCGUGGCAGAACUGCGGUCUCUCGCAGCCAGGGUGGCCGCAGAGACAGGUUCCCGCGCGUUACAGGCUGACGCAGAUGCAUUGGCCAGACGACUACAGCUCGUUGCCGGUGCUGUACAGGCCCUGGCUGAUCUGGGAGAGGCCAGGCAAAUCGCUAGAGCAAAGGCCCAACACGCCAAAGAGAUGUUCUGUGAUAUGAGACAAGAUCUAACUCCAGUUCACGAGGAUGGUGAAAUCGUCGAAGAUAAACUAAUCGCGCUACGUGAUAACUUAAUCGCACUCGGGAAGAGUGAGGCGGAUAUUGCUCCCGCUAAAGCAGAGUUACCGGAGAUUGACCGCGAUGUAUCUGAGGAACAUUCUAUUGUUAGGAUUUUGGAGUUAUGGCAGGCGAUGUUUAGAGAUACUUUCCUGCAUUAUCACAGACUUUCCACUGCGUUAGUAAGAUCUGGAGACGCUGCUACAGCAUUUAAACUAUGGCACGAAUACUUAUUGGAUCUACAAUCGUUCCUCUCCGGUACAGUUCCCACCGAUUACGAAAAUCUAACUGAGCAUCGUCGGCUAUGCAGAGUUCACAGAAACUUGUUGGCGUCGCAAAGAUCUGUCUUAAUUAAUGAAAAUAGAGAUACCAACAAUCGUGACUUGGCCGAUAAAUUUGAUACGCUCACUAACCUUCACAAUGAAACUUUGGCUAGAAUUGUCGAAAGACACGAUGAAGUCAGCACAAGAAUUGCCGCUUGGGAUGACUACAGAGAAAUCUACACUGAAUUGCUGAAAUGGCUUAAAGAACUCGAAAGAGAGAAAGAAAAAUUACAACUUAGAUAUGUACACAUAAAGAGAAUAAAUAAGACGCUAACACAGGUACAGAAUCUCGCAGACAAACUUCCAGAAGGACGAAAGUUUGCUGAAAAACUCUCCAGUAACCUUAAAAAAGUUCUAGAAUUCACAGAAGAUACUUACGGUGCAUCUGUGAGGAUGGAGUAUGCUGGUAUCGUAAAGAGAGUCGAUAAUUUGCAAGCUAGCUUAGACACGUGGCGUGACUUCCUCACGAGGAUAUUAGGGCUCAUUGCGGAGUAUGAAACACUAACAACUGAUUUACAAAAACUAUAUUCAGAAACACAAAAUGAUAUAAUGACCUACUCCGAUGAAGAACGUCUGUCGAGACCUCAAAUCAAAAAGGCAAUUGACAAAUUUACUGACUUGAGAACGAAAAUCGACAAAACCGAAUCCCAAAUCGAAGCUCUAAGUGUUAUUCAAGAACAAUUGAAAGAAUGUCUCAGUCCUCAGGACAUUAGAAUAGUUAACCAGAAAGUAUGGCAACUCCGCCAACAGCGUGCUGAUUUGGAACACCAGCUUUCCAUCAUCAUUCAUAAACUGCAGGAAAGGAUUGAAAUCUACACGAUAUUCGACUCCAGGCUACUACGGUUCUCUGAAUGGUUAAAAUCUGUUGUAACGCGUCUCGAAUCUACGACCUCUAGCGAAGCUGGCGCAUUAGACCCACAUGACCUGAUAAAGAGAAUUAAUUCAGACCUGCAAAAUGAGACUGCUAUGAAGGAACGGGAGUUCGAAUGGCUAACUGAAACAGGCAUUACCUUAGUGGACUUGUCUAAGAAAGAUGAAAAGUCUUACAGCAAGAACACUUCCAAACAACUGAAGGAUAUUCAGGAACGUUGGCAUCGCUUGCAAGAGUCCAGAAGAAUUAGAAUAGCAAAAAUCACUGAGCUUUUGGUGACCAUAUCACAACUUGAGGAGAAAUUGACGGAAAUUAGAACAAAGUUACACUCCAUUGAAUCUAAGCUUUCUACCUCAGUAAUUAUAGAAAAGUUGACAACCAAAGCAGUCGACUCCCAAUUCCAAAGCCGGGAUGAAAUUCACAAAGAUAUUGAAAACGAAAGCGAAGAAGUGGGUAAUACGCUGAACCUCUGCGAACUAGUUUUCAAUGACCCCGACGUGUUAAAAGGCAACUUUGAUCUGCGCAAUCUACGCACAGGAGUGGAAAUCGUAGAUAAGAAAUGGAAAAACAUCUGUGAAAUGUCGGAGCAACGCAAGACCGCUCUGAAAGAAAUUCGAAAAUCAGCAGAACUAGCAAACUCCUUACUGCCCAAAGUCGAAAAGAAACUGGACGCGAUAGAGAAGCGCGUAGAAAAGGUGGAAGCUAGAAAACAACGCGGCGAGAACGAAGAUGAAAGCGUAUCGAAGGCUGUCAUCAAAGACUUGGACAGUUUAGAGAGUGAUAUCAAGAAGCUGGAGGAUGCCUACGGUCGAAUCGUGUCUGCCAGAGGAAUAGAGCUUCGUGGACAUGGCGCAGAUGAUGCGGCAAGACUACGAGCGGCCGUGAGACGUUGGCAGCAGCUGAGGGUCAGAGUGGAUGCGGCUGGAGCUGACGCCCACAGACAGUUCGUGGCUGCUCACGGUAAGGCCGUGGUCGCCUUGGCCGAAGCCGAUGUCAGACUGACGCGAGCCUUACACCUCUCGCCCACACCCACGGAUAAAGAAGCCAUUCUCAAGGAAUUGGAGGGUGUAGAAAGAGAUCUCGAAGAAUGCCAAUCGUACGUCGAGGCAGGCGACAGACUCGCGGCUUCAGUACUGAGUGUCGCGGGAGUACCAGACAUGGUGGCCGAGUAUCGGGCCCUUUACUCCGACGUGCGCAUGCGCCUCGACAUUGCGAGGGCUGAGGUCGUUGGAGAUGUCGAUACUGCAGUUCAGGUGGACACUCUCAGAUGGGAAACGGAUGCCGCACUCCAAGUGGACACAUUAACUUCCAAAGAAACCUAUCGCGUUGAACUGGCCUCCGCCGUCAAGGAAGCCUCGGAGGCAUUAGAAGGUCUGAGAAAAACCCUGGUUCACGAAUUACCAGAAAACGCACCCAGCGAAGACUUGGCCAAUGCCGCCAAGGAGAUUGCCAAAGCUGGCACGAAACCCUCACAAACCUUGGAAUUGGCCAAACAUCUAUCUGAGCUGCUCCUCACAGAAUGCGACGCGACGGAAGAUGAAGCUAUGUUGCAGGAAGUGGAAUCUCUAGCACUCCGAUACGAAGAUCUGCUCAAGCAGGCCAAGAAACGAGAACUCCAAAUCAACAACUUAAGGUUGCCGCACUCCGCGUCCUACGCUCUCACUUGCGAGCAUGAAUCUGGUCGGCUGACAUGUCCCCUCUGCUCUGACCGGAACUGGAAACAGUUGGAUAACGAUUUGUGGAGACUCGAGCAGUGGCUCCAGUUCGCUGAAGCCACGCAUGAAGCGAGACAUGAACCUCCAGAACAAUAUGACGCCCUCGAAGAUACUAUUCAGGACCACCGCGAAUUCCUGCUAGAUCUAGACUCUCACAAGGCCCUCGUAGUGUCCCUCAACGUGGUGGGCACGCACGUGGCUCGUCACGCGCGUGACGUGUCUGCGGCGGAACGUGUCCGCGAAAGACUCGCCGAAGCGAACCGGAGAUGGGACGAGGCAUGCGCAAGGGCAGCAGACUGGCAGACCAAGCUACAGAGGGCGCUCAUGCACAAUCGGGAGUUCCAUGAUAUCGUGGUAGAGUUGGUGAGCCAACUCGCCAACGCAGAGCGUCUGGUGCGGUCCCGGGAGCCUUUGCGUUUGAGUCGGCCUCCAGACGAGCUGAGGGUGGAGUUCCGAAGGUUCAGCGAACUUCGCGAUGAACUGAGUCGAGCUGAACCCAGAGUCCUGGCUUUGAGGGAUGCCGCCCAACUCUUGCACGGGAAUGAUGCACAGGAUGUGUGUAGGCGUUUGGGCGAGCUGCGCCUGCGUCUUCAAUCCCUCCGUAAGCUGUCAGCCGUAUACGCUCUGAAAUUGGGCGCCGCCUUGGCCAGGGAGCCCUCCGCUACUGGAUCCGCUCUCGCCGCUGCCGCCGCGACGCUUGCGCCGCAGCUGAUGCAGGAUGAUGAAGAGCCCAGCUUCAGUUUGCCGCCUCUCACCGACAACGACGUACCAGCGAGCGAUGAAACGGAAGAGCGCUCUCUGUCGGGCGUGCAACGGGGCUUAAGAUUCGUGUGUCGCGUCGCACGCGCAUCUCUGCCAUUCCAGGCCCUACUCCUCCUCCUCCUAGGGGCGGCCGCUCUUGCCCCUCACACUCAAACAGACUGUCGGGCCACGCCCAGUCUCCAGCCCGUGUUACGAUAUCCCGACGGCCCACCCCCCAUUUAAGCAUUACUUGUAAUCUCGUAAAUUUCCUCCCUCGGGAGUCUCGUACUGAAUUCUCUGAGGCCAAAUCCAGGUCUUUCCCUCUUAAGACUAGUUUUUGUAUAUUUCUCCGCCAUUUUGACAAUCGCGUGUGCGCUCAACCCUGCUUUUGCUAUAAAACGCGGCGUGUGAGCGCGGAGUGACAUUCCAUGUAUAGGUGCUAGUGCGCCCGCGCAUGUAUAUUUAACGUUUUUGUAUAUUUGUAACGUUUGCUUAAAAGACGAGCGCGGGCGUCGACGAUGCGCCGGAUCGAACGAAAUAUUUAUAUAAAAAUAUAUUUAAUAUUUAUUAUUUAUAUAAUCUGUAUUUAAAGAUGGCGCCGCACAAAUGAUACGAGGCGACGGCUUAUUCACGCAUUGUUACUUAAAAUAGAUUGUAAGGACUGUUUAUAAAGUCAAUAAAGCCUUGCAUUGAU